AGUGACCCAGGAAGCACACAGGCAGUGACCCAGGGGAACACACAGGCAGUGACCCAGGGGAACACACAGGCAGUGACCCAGGGGAACACACAGGCAGUGACCCAGCAAGCGCAGGAGCAGCAGACGCAGGAGCUGCGUAGGAAAACACACCAAGGGAGAAAACACAGAGCGUUGAGUAUCAAUGUUGAGCUGGAGCCGAACACGGAAAACACAACACAAGGGGGUUGAAUAUCAUUGUUAAACCCAGGGAUUUACUGUCCCUGGUUUAAUUACAUAAUGUCCUGUCAUUAGGCUACUGGCAGCUGAAGCUGAGUAAAACACCAGGGAGUGAACAUUACAUCUGUGCAACUAAAUACAACAACUAGCCUUAGCUUAAAUGAAAUGUAUUUUUUUAACCAGCUCUUUAAACUGUUAAAAGGAAUUUGUCCAAAUGCCAGAAAAUCCCUAGCUACAUUCAACUCCUGUACCAUAAAACCAUUCGAAUGAAAACUCAAACAAACAAUUAAUUUGACGGUUUGACCUUCCAUUAAAAAAAAUCCUCAGCCGGUCAGUCAGUAGCUCAUACUCUGCUAUAAGAAUUAGCCUGAUAGCAAUUCCAACUUUAUAGGAGGAAUAUACACAAUCAAAGCACAUAGUCUGUCUUUACAUAAAGCCGAAGCCCCACUACAUAGUAAUAGCCAAUGGCAAUCAAGAGCAUUCAACAUUCAUAGUGAAAGUUGUCUCUAGUCCCUAGCCCCUCAUCAAGCAUCCCCUGGACAGUACCACUGGCUAGUUACAAACAGAUCAAUAACAACAGAAACUUCUAUCUCACCUGGAGCUGUUGCAUGUUGAGUUCUGGAAGUUCUGGCUUCCGGUUCUGGAGUCUGUUUCUGUCUCUGCUGCUGCUGUGGGAUUCUGUAGCUUUCUCUCGGCUGCUGCUGUGGGAUUCUGUAGCUUUCUGUCUCUGCUGUGCUGUGGGAUUCUGUAGCUUUCUCUCUGCUGUGCUGUGGGAUUCUGUAGCUUUCUGUCUCUGCUGUGCUGUGGGAUUCUGUAGCUUUCUCUCGGCUGUGCUGUGGGAUUCUGUAGCUUUCUCUCUGCUGUGCUGUGGGAUUCUGUAGCUUUCUCUCGGCUGCUGCUGUGGGAUUCUGUAGCCUUCUCUCUGCUGUGCUGUGGGAUUCUGUAGCUUUCUCUCGGCUGCUGCUGUGGGAUUCUGUAGCCUUCUCUCUGCUGCUGUGGGAUUCUGUAGCUUUCUCUCUGCUGUGCUGUGGGAUUCUGUAGCUUUCUCUCGGCUGCUGCUGUGGGAUUCUGUAGCUUUCUCUCUGCUUUGCUGUGGGAUUCUGUAGCUUUCUCUCGGCUGCUGCUGUGGGAUUCUGUAGCUUUCUCUCUGCUGUGCUGUGGGAUUCUGGUAGCUUUCUCAUCGGCUGCUGCUGUGGGAUUCUGUAGCCUUUCUCUCUGCUGUGCUGUGGGAUUCUGUAGCCUUUCUUGUCUCGGCUGCGUGCGCCUCUCUUUGGGGGCUAUUGGUACCCUUUGGUUCGCUCAGAGCUGAUGUCCAUCGUCUCGAACCGGGGACAUAUUUAUGCAUCUGGGAUUGUAUGGGUGGGGGGUGGGGUGGGGUCAAGCGUCACAGAUUGGGUGGGGGUUGGGGGUGGGGGGGGGGGGGUCAGCGGUCCACAGCUAUGGGUGGGGGGGGCGUUCAGCGUCAAGCUAUGGGUGGGGGGGGGGGGGGGGCCUGGAGGGAGUCAGCGUAACAGCUAUGGAUAGGGGGGGAUGUGGGGGGCCUGGAGGGCAGUCAGCGUCACAGCUAUGGGUGGGUAGAGGGGGGGUCACUCAUUCACUGGCUCCCUGUCCCUCUCAUUACUAUGGUCUUUACCAUGCGUGUACCCCAUUAGCAUUCAGCCUUGAGAGAGGCAUGUCAUUAACUUGACUUGGUCACUACGUAGCGUUUAGCUCAGGUAGCACAAGCCCCAUGACAGGGAAGACGAGAAGAGUUUCCACUAUAGUUUAGCCUUGAUACACUUGGAAAUCCUUUUCCAUAAGAGUUGAAUCAUCCUAUUAGGUUCAGUUUUUUUUUGUGUGUGAAAUAACCUCCCGAAAAAGUUAGAAUCUGUAUUAACAGUGAGUCAUGACAUUUUAAUAGGACAACAUUUGAUUGGUUUGUCCAAGGAAGCAGCUAGGUAGCUUUUCCUCUUCCCGUGUUGUCACCUGAAGGCCAGAUGGUUCCACAAAAGGUAUUUUAACAAGGGCCGUCUCAAAUGGAUGGGAAGAGUCCCACUCCUUACCUACCCUUGUCAAGUAGCCUAGGGUUUGCGUCCAAAAUGGCACCCUACUCCCUAUAUAGUGCACUGCUUUUGACCAGAUUCCUAUGGGCCCCGAGUCAAAAGCAGUGCACUAUAUAGGGAAUAGGGUGCCAUUUGUGAGACGCCCAAUGUCAUUUCCUUUUUUCUAAUGAAUAGAAGGGUGUAUUUUGUAUGUUCGGCCGUUGGUUCGGAGUGUGUAUAUAGCCUAUAAUGUUGACCGGGUGUGCAUCCCAAAUGGCACCCUAAUCUAGGCUAACUCUUCUCGUCUCUCUCCUUAACCCAGGCAGCUGCUCCAGUCGCAAAGGUCUCAACGGAGCAUGUUCGGUCCACGAGUACAUGGGCACCUUCUCAGGCCAGAGCGUGCGCUUUAAGAUGACGUCAGUGUGUGGGCAUGUCAUGAGUCUGGAUUUCAUAGGUGGGAUUUUUUUCUUGAUUUAGGCUAAAUCCUACACGUUUUGACUGGAUUCAAUCUGUCCCAAAUCUGUGGGCCCAUUGGUUGGAUAACUUGAUAACUCCGGUCCCUGUUCUGUCUCCAGGGAAGUAUAAUAACUGGGACAAGGUGGACCCAGCUGAACUCUUCACUAAAGCCCCUACGGAGAAGAAGGAGGCCAACCCCAAACUCAACAUGGUCAAGUUCCUACAGGUUCGUCUGUGUCUCUAGUCACAUCUGAAGGGUUUUGACCUUUGGGAACAGGUUCAUUUUCCUGUCAAUCGUUCAUUUAGCUGUUCCAACCCCCCCUCUCUAUAUCAGUUGAUUGGUCUCCUUUAAAAAAAAAAUCAUUCUGUCACUAUCUAUCUCCAGGUCGAAGCCAAGGGAUGUGACUACGUGGUUUUGUGGUUGGACUGCGACAAAGAGGGAGAGAACAUCUGCUUUGAGGUAAUCCCAAUGUUGUAAGUCUCACAUCCGCACCCGUUUCCAUAACGUCUGAUCUGAACCCAAACCCUCAUUCCCACUCCAUCUGAUCUGAACCCACCUCUCCACUACUGAUCUGAACCACCCUCUCCAUACUGAUCUGAACCCACCCUCUCCACUCUGAUCUGAACCCACCCUCUCCACUACUGAUCUGAACCCACCCUCUCCACUACUGAUCUGAACCCACCCUCUCCACUACUGAUCUGAACCCACCCCCCACUACUGAUCUGACCACCCUCUCACUACUGGAUCUGAACCCACCCUCUCCACUACUGAUCUGACCCCCCUCUCUUGAACCACCCCUCCACUACUGAUCUGAACCCACCCUCUCCACUACUGAUCCUGAACCCAACCUCUCCACUACUGAUCUGAAACCCACCCUCUUCCACUACUGAUCUUCACCCACCCUCGUCCACUACUGAUCUGAAACCCCACCCCUCGCCACUACUGAAUCUGAAAACCCACCCCCUCCACUAACUGAAUCUGAACCCACCCGUCUCCACUACUGAUCUGAAACCCACCCCUCCACUACUGAUCUGGACCCACACCCGUCUCCACUACUGAUCCUGAAAACCCCACCCCUCUCCAACUACUGACCUUGAAGAACCCAACCCUCGCCACUACUGAAUCUUCAAACACCACCACCCUUCCAACUUACUGAUCUUGAAAACCCACCCUCUCCACUCUACGUGAAUCUGAACCCACCCUCUUCGCACUACUGAAUCUGAACCCACCCUCUCCACUACUGACUCUGAAACCCACCCUCCCACUACUGAUCUGAACCCCACCCUCUCCCACUACUAGGAAUCUGAACCAACCCUCUCCCACUACUGAUCUGAAACCCACCCUCUCCACUAACUGAUCUGAACCCACCCUCUCCACUACUGAUCUGAACCCACCCUCUCCACUACUGAUCUGAACCCACCCUCUCCACUACUGAUCUGAACCCACCCUUUCCACUACUGAUCUGAACCCACCCUCUCCACUACUGAUCUGAACCCACCCUCUCCACUACUGAUCUGAACCCACCCUCUCCACUACUGAUCUGAACCCACCCUCUCCACUACUGAUCUGAACCCACCCUCUCCACUACUGGCCACACCCUCUCCACUACUGAUCUGAACCCACCCUUUCCACUACUGAUCUGAACCCACCCUCUCCACUACUGAUCUGAACCCACCCUCUCCACUACUGAUCUGAACCCACCCUCUCCACUACUGAUCUGCACCCACCCUCUCCACUACUGAUCUGAACCCACCCUCUCCACUACUGAUCUGAACCCACCCUCUCCACUACUGGCCACACCCUCUCCACUACUGAUCUGAACCCACCCUCUCCACUACUAAUCUGAACCCACCCUCUCCACUACUGGCCACACCCUCUCCACUACUAAUCUGAACCCACCCUCUCCACUACUGAUCUGAACCCACCCUCUCCACUACUGAUCUGAACCCACCCUCUCCACUACUAAUCUGAACCCACCCUCUCCACUACUGAUCUGAACCCACCCUCUCCACUACUGAUCUGAACCCACCCUCUCCACUACUGAUCUGAACCCACCCUCUCCACUACUGAUCUGAACCCACCCUCUCCACUACUGAUCUGAACCCACCCUCUCCACUACUGAUCUGAACCCACCCUCUCCACUACUGAUCUGAACCCACCCUCUCCACUGCUGGCCCCUCCCUCUCUCUACAUACCACAACUACAACCUACACACGACACUAACACCAUACCCUACCACACCCUACAACUACCACACCAACUACACUACCACUCACCACACACACCCUACCACUACACACACACACCCACUACACUACACUACCACACACCCUACACUACCCUACACCUGACACACACACACCCUACCACGACUACACACCUACCUACACUACCCCCUACACCCACACUACACACACUACCAAACAACACACCACCCUAGCAACACUACCCUACCCUACGACUACAUACCACCCACCAUCACAACCCGACAACCAACACCUACACAACCACUACACUACACCCUACCACAACCACUACACACAACCAACUACACAUACACCCAAACUACACUACCACUACACACCCUACACCUACACAACCCACCACCCCUACACUACAAACCCCUACAACUACCACAACCCUACACUACACUACCCUACACACCUACACUACCCUACCCUAGACUACACUAUACAUACCCAGACCUACAACUAUCCCUACCCUACACUACCCUACCACAACCCUACACUACACUACCCUACCCUAGACACACUAACUACCCUACGACACACCUACCAACUACACUAAACUACCCUACACAACGCACACUACACAUACCUACACUACCACUAGACACACUACCACUACCACAAACACUACCCUACCACUAACUACACUACCACCCUAGACACACUAACUACCCUACCCUAACUACCCUACCCUAGACUACACCCCCUAGAUACACUACCCUACACUACACUACACCUACCCUAGACUACACUACCCAUACCCUAGACUACAACCUAAACCCUAGACUACAACUAUCCUACCCUAGACUACACCUACCCUAACUACACUAAUUACCUACUAUACCCUAACCUAACUACAAUUACACACUACCCUACUAACUACACAACCCUAACUACUACCCUACCUAACUACACUACCCUACCCCUAGACUACACUACCCUACCCUAGACUACCCUACCCUAGACUACACUACCCUACCCUAACUACCCUACCCUAGACUACACUAACUACCUACCCUAACUACACUAACUACCCACCUAGACUACCUAGACUACCAUAACACCCUACCCUAGACUACACUAACCCUACCCUAGACUACCUACCUACUACCUACCCUACCCUAGUAACUACCCUACCCUAGACUACACUACCCUACCCUAGACUACCUACUACUAACACCUACCCUAGACUACACUUCCACCCUAACUACCUACCCUAGACUACACUACCCUACCCUAGACUACCCACUAACUAACAUACCCUAAACCCUAGACCUACCUAACUUACCUAGACUACACCUACCCUAACUACACUAACUACACUAUACACCUACCCUAGACUACACUACCCUACCCUAGACUACACCUACCCUAGACUACCACUAUAAACUACCCUAGACUACACUACCCUACCCUGACUACAUCCCUACCUAACUAUAACUACCUAACCUAUACUAAAACUACACCUACCCUAGACUACACUACCCUACCCUAGACUACCCCCCUAGACUACACUACCCUACCCUAGACUACCCUACCCUAGACUACACUACCCUACCCUAGACUACACUAUAUACCCUACCCUAGACUACACUAUCCUACCCUAGACUACCCUAGACUACCCUAACCUACCCUAGACUACACUACCCUACCCUAGACUAUAAUACCCUAGACUACACUUCCCUACCCUAGACUACACUACCCUACCCUAGACUACACUACCCUACCCUAGACUACACUACCCUACCUAUAUACCUACACUACCCUAGUACUACCCUACCCUAGACUAUCUACCAACUACCCUACACCCUAGACUACCCUACCCUACCUAGACUACAUUUAAACCCUACCCGAUACCUGACUACACUCUACCUACACACCUACCUACUAUAACUACCACCCUAGACUACACUACCUACUACUAACCUACCCUACCCUACACUACCCUACCCUAGACUACACUUCCCUACCCUAGACUACCCUACCCUAGACUACACUAUACUACCCUAGACUACACUACCCUACCAUAUACUACCCUAGACUACACUAUACUACCCUACCCUAGACUACCUACCCUAACUACCCUACACUAUACCCACUAUAGACUACCUACCCCCUAGACUACUACUAACACCCACCCUAGACUACCACUUACCCCUACCCUAUUGACUAUACACCUACCCUACUACACUACCCAGACUACACUACCCUAACCUAGACUACACUACACCUACCCUAGACUACUAUACACCCUACCCUAAUACCACCCUAGACUACACUACCCUACCCUCUACUCCCUACUACUACCCUAGAUCUACCACUACCCUACCCUAGACUACCUACAUACCCUAAUCACUACCUACCCUAGACUAUACUACCCUACCCUAGACUACCCUACCCUAGACUACCCUACAGACUACACUAUACUACCCUAGACUACACUACCCUACCCUACACUAUAAUACCCUACACCAAUGUUCCCCCGGACUGCCGUGCAGAAGUUUCCCACAGGGGGCCAGUAUGAAAAAAACAUGUCUGCACUCACUAACUGUAAGUCGCUCUGGAUAAGAGCGUCUGCUAAAAUGACUUAAAUUAAAAUCAAUGAAAUGAAGAAAUACCAGCCGGCGCGCAGAGAAGCACGAGAUUGAACUUCACUCAACUUUCUAGAGUUUUCCCUGUUAGUUAACACUAUCAACAUUUCCCUUAACUGUGGGAAUUGUGAUCGAAUCAACGCAGUAUUAGCCACUUUCAAUACAACAUACCGAAACAAAACGAACUAUACAAGACUUAGUAUGCAAAACAAACUAUGCAAGACAUUUUGUUGUAGGCAGAACGCAUCGGAGUAGGAUUCUAUUGCAUUGACACGCACUACUCAGCCCUACUCUACACAGACUGGUGUGGCAUAACCAAUCAGAGCUGCAGUAGGCCUAUAUGCAAAUAGACCAUUGCCAUAUAUGGAUCAGUGCCGUUUACUUUGAACUGGACUGUGUUUACAGCAUGAGCGGUCGUGAGUAGAUGUGCUUGUUUUGAGAUCAAAGUGAGAGCAGCAUGUCGCCACGUGUGAACAUUUGUUCAUAUCCUUUGCUAGUUAGUGAGUUAUUAGCCAAGUUAUAGAUCAUUUGUAGUCAGCAAUAGAGGAGUGAUUUGCUUCCUACAAGAGCACAACACGUGUACAUUUCUAGACCUCUUUGAAAAGCGAGUCAGGUAAAGAGGUUCUUUUUUUUUUUCUUAACGGGGCAGUGUUGUAUUUUGAGACAGGCUUGAAUAAGCUAAGUAGCCAAUAGGCAGAGGGUAGCAUAGUUUGUCUGAUUAUCUGUAAUAAUGGUAUGGGAAUAAUAAUGCAUUUUAUUUUGUAAAGUGUUUUCUUGCAUCAAACAACACAACAACAUUUUCAGUCACCUCCUUGUCUGAAGGACAAGUGGAUAAACAGGUUAAUGUCAAGCCCUGCAUGUUUUUUUCAAACGUCUCAUGGAAUGUAGGCCUACAUUGAACACCACACAUUGGCUGCCACUGUAGACUGAAUGAUAGAACAGCUAUUUCCAUGUUAAAAUGUUAAGGGAUGCAUUUUCUCCAUAGUUUUUGAUGGUAGGCCACUCUGGUAGGCCUACAUUAGGAUCAAAUAGCCACAGUAGCCUACUGGGCCAAUGUUAAAACUGGAACUUAAAGGGGGUACAGCCUCAGUGUUCACAGCAAACGUGCGCUGGAAGUUGCACAACAUUUUCACAUUGUUCAGGUUUGCGCUCAGCAGACCUUAAUUUUUUUCAGAGGAAACAUUGCAUUGCACUACCCUACUCUACCCUACACUACACUAAGCUAACCUACACUACCCUACACUACACUACACUAAGCUAACCUACACUACCCUACACUACACUACACUAAGCUAACCUACACUACCCUACACUACACUACACUAAGCUAACCUACACUACCCUACACUACACUAAGCUAACCUAACCUACACUACCCUACACUACACUACACUAAGCUAACCUACACUACCCUACCCUAACACUACACUACACUAAGCUACCUACACUACCCUACACAUACACUACACUAAGCUAACCUACACUACCCUACACUAAGCUAACCUACACUACCCUACACUACACUAAGCUAACCUACACUACCCUACACUACACUACACUAAGCAACCUACACUACCCUACACUACACUACACUAAGUACUACACUCCCUACACUACACUACCAGCUAACCUACCUACACUAACAGCUAACCUAACCAACCCUAAACUACAAUACUACUACACUACACUGACACCUACACUACCUACCUAACUACACACUAGCUAACCUACCUACACUACCCUACUACACUAAGCUACCUAACCUACACUACCUACCCUACACUACACUAAGCUAACCUACAACUACCUCUCACCCUACACUAAGCUAACCUAACCUACACUACCCUACACUACACACACUAAGCUAACCUACACUACCCUACCCUACACUACACUAAGCUAAACCAAACCUACUACCCUACACUACACUAGCUAACCUACACUAACCCUACAACUACACUACCACUAAGCUAACCUACAUUUAAACACUACACCUACACUACACUAAGCUACCUACAACCUUAACCUACACUACCCUACACUACACACUAAGCUAACCUAACCUACCUACCCUACCUACACUACUACCUAACCUACACUACCCUACCCUACAUAGACUAACCUACACUACCCUACCCUACCCUACACUACACUAAGCUAACCUAACCUACACUACCCUACCCUACACUACACUAAGCUAACCUACACUACCCUACACUACGCUACGCCUAGCUAACCUACCCUACCCUACACUACACUAAGCUAACCUACACUACCCUACCCUACCCUACACUACACUAAGCUAACCUAACCUACACUACCCUACCCUACACUACACUAAGCUAACCUAACCUACACUACCCUACCCUACACUACACUAAGCUAACCUAACCCUACACUACCCUACCCUACACUACACUAAGCUAACCUACACUACCCUACCCUACCCUACACUACACUAAGCUAACCUAACCUACACUACCCUACCCUACACUACACUAAGCUAACCUACACUACCCUACACUACACUACGCCUAGCUAACCUACCCUACCCUACACUACACUAAGCUAACCUACACUACCCUACCCUACAACAUGGUAGAUGCUCAUUAGACUAGCUUUCAUCUGGUCACUUCUCAUCAUCAGGCUGGCUUUCACCUGGUCAGUUAUUUUAGAUAAGUGCAAUGAAGGCGAGGAGAGAGAACUUUUAUUUUGAAAGAGCCACAGAGUUUUGCUGAUUUUUAAAAUUUCAGCCAAUGUUGAGGUUAUUAUUGUGUCACCUGUGCUGAUGCCAGUAGUGCUGUCCUCUCGUUGGAAUGUGUUCAGGUUCCAGACCAAGUACUUCCAGGGUAAAUAUGGGAACCUGGACUCAUCCCUGAUCUCCUUUGGGCCAUGUCAGACCCCCACACUGGGCUUCUGUGUGGAGCGCCACGACAAGAUCCAGUCCUUCAAACCAGAGACCUACUGGGUCAUACAGGCUAAGGUGAGCCCCAAACCCUAAACCUAGCCUUAAAGGGAUACGUCGGGAUUUUGGCAAUGAGGCCCUUUAUCUACUUGUGGAUACCAUUUGUAUGUAAAAUAAAAAUAAAAAUCCAGAAGUAUCCCUUUAAGGCUCACCCUGACCCUAACCUCGACCCUAGAUCCAGUCAUUCAAACCAGAGACCUACUGGGUGUUACAGCAGUGGAGGCUGGUGGGUGGAGCUAUAGGAGGAUGUGCCCAUUGUAAUGGCUGGAAUGGAAUAAAUUGAAACCACAUGUUUGACUCCGUUCCAUUCAUUCCAUUUCAGCCAUUACAAUGAGCCUGUCCUCCUUUAGCUUCUCCCACCAGCCUCCAUUGUCAUACAGGCUAAGGUGAGCUCCCCCUAAAAGCCUGUCAGAGGUUUGAUGUGGGAAUGGGGUGCUUCUUUAUGCCUAAAAGCCUGUCAGAGGUUUGAUGUGGGAAUGGGGUGCUUCUUUGGGUAAACAUUUUAUAUCCUGGGCCUCCCGAGUGGCGCUGUGCCACUAGAGAUCCUGGUUAGAGUCCAGGCUCUGUCACAGCCUGCCGUGACUGGGAGACCCAUGGGGCGGCGCACAAUUGGCCCAGCGUCGUCCAGGGUAGGGGAGGGUUUGGCCGGCAGGGAUGUUCUUGUCCCAUCGUGCACUAGUGACUCCUGUGGCGGGCCGGGCGCAGUGCACGCUGACACGGUUGCCAGGUGUUUCCUCCGACACAUUGGUGCGGCGUCCGGGUUAAGCGGGCAGCUCGGCUGGGUUGUGUUUCGGAGGACGCACGGCUCCCGACCUUCACCUCUCCCGAGUCUGUACGGGCGUUGCAGCAAUGGGACAAGACUGUAACUACCACUGGGAGAAAAAGGGGUUAAAAAAAAGAUAUAAAACAAAAAUAAAUAUAUAUAUAUAUAUAUAUAUAUAUAACAAAAACAUUUUAUAUCCUGAGCCUUCAACUAAAAAAUGACAACAACACCCAAAGAUGACCUCGGAUACUCACAGAACCAAACAGGUGCUCAAAGAGCCAUUAAUCUAAUGUAAUGAACUGAAUGUUGUUCUGUAGGUUUUCAAAGGGAAAGAGUCUCCUCUGACUCUGGACUGGGACAGGGUGAGGGUCUUCGACAGAGAGGUGGGACAGAUGUUUGUCAACAUGACUAAAACCUCCAGGGAGGCCAAGGUAAGACCUGUCUGUCUGUCUGCCUGCCAGCCUGUUUCUCUCCCCCCCCCCUCUCUCUCUCCUAGGGCUGUUACGGUGACCGUAUUACCGCCACACCGGUAAUAAUAACCUCAUUAUGCCAGUCAAAUUCCAUGUGACCGUUUAGUCACGGUAACUAGGCUUCUCCAAGCUCUGAUGCUGCUGAUGGUCAUUAGUAGCCUACCAAACUCGCUAACUGCCUGAUACUCAGCACUCUAUUGUCCCUCUAAUCACUCUGACAUCAAUGCAAAUGUAAUCAAAAAUCUAAUCAAACACUUCAUGAGAGCCCAUGAGCUCAUGUUGCGCAACAUUUUUAUAGGCUAGGCCUACUGUUUAUCAACUUUCCUAAUAUUAAGCACAUUGCUUCGCUUUACAACAGGAGUCUACCUGUCUGGCGUGAAAAUGACGCGUCUUCCAUUCGCUAUUUAGUUUACACAUUUCUUUCCCCACGCCCCUGUUCUGAGACAGGAGCAUGAUAAUGGUCCAUUCUAAAUCAAAACUAAUUUCACACAUACAGUGGCUUGCGAAAAGUAUUCACCCCCCUUGGCAUUUUUCCUAUUUUGUUGCCUUACAACCUGGAAUGAAAAUUUAUUUUCAGGGGGUUUGUAUCAUUUGAUUUACACAACAUGCCUACCACUUUGAAGAUGCAAAAUAUAUUUUGGGUGAAACAAAUAAGAAAUAAGACAAAAAAACAGAACUUUAGCGUGCAUAACUAUUCACCCCCCCAAAGUCAAUACUUUGUAGAGCCACCUUUUGCAGCAAUUACAGCUGCAAGUCUCUUGGGGUAUGUCUCUAUAAGCUUGGCACAUCUAGCCACUGGGAUUUUUGCCCAUUCUUCAAGGCAAAACUGCUCCAGAUUCUUCAAGUUGGAAGGGUUCCGCUGGUGUUCAGCAAUCUUUAAGUCAUACCACAGAUUCUCAAUUGGAUUGAGGUCUGGGCUUUGACUAGGCCAUUCCAAGACAUUUAAAUGUUUCCCCUUAAACCACUAGAGUGUUGCUUUAGCAGUAUGCUUAGGGUCAUUGUCAUGCUGGAAGGUGAACCUCCGUCCCAGUCUCAAAUCUCUGGAAGACUGAAACAGGUUUCCCUCAAGAAUUUCCCUGUAUUUAACGCCAUCCAUCAUUCCUUCAAUUCUGACCAGUUUCCCAGUCCAUGCCGAUGGAAAAACACCCCCACAGCAUGAUGCUGCCACCACCAUGCUUCACUGUGGGGAUGGUGUUCUCGGGGUGAUGAGAGGUGAUGGAUUUGCGCCAGACAUAGCGUUUUCCUUGAUGGCCAAAAAGCUCACUUUUAGUCUCAUCUGACCAGAGUACCUUCUUCCAUAUGUUUGGGUAGUCUCCCACAUGCCUUUUGGCGAACACCAAACGUGUUUGCUUAUUUUUUUCUUUAAGCAAUGGCUUUUUCUGGCCACUCUUCAGUAAAGCCCAGCUCUCUCAACAACUCUGUGGAGUGUACGGCUUAAAGUGGUCCUAUGGACAGAUACUCCAAUCUCCGCAGUGGAGCUUUGCAGCUCCUUCAGGGUUAUCUUUGGUCUCUUUGUUGCCUCUCUGAUUAAUUCCCUCCUUGCCUGGUCUGUGAGUUUUGGUGGGCGGCCCUCUCUUGGCAGGUUUGUUGUGGUGCCAUAUUCUUUCCAUUUUUUAAUAAUGGAUUUAAUGGUGCUCCGUGGGAUGUUCAAAGUUUCUGAUAUUUUUUUAUAACCCAACCCUGAUCUGUACUUCUCCACAACUUUGUCCCUGACCUGUUUGGAGAGCUCCUUGGUCUUCAUGGUGCCGCUUGCUUGGUGGUUCCCCUUGCUUAGUGGUGUUGCAGACUCUAGGGCCUUUCAGAACAGGUGUAUAUAUACUGAGAUCAUGUGACACUUAGAUUGUACACAGGUGAACUUUAUUUAACUAAUUAUGUGACUUCUGACGGUAAUUGGUUGCACCAGAUCUUAUUUAGGGGCUUCAUAGCAAAGGGGGUGAAUACAUAUGCAUGCACCACUUUCCCAUUACUUAUUUUGUAGAAAUUUUUUAAACUAUUUAUUUUAUUUCACUUCACCAAUUUGGACUAUUUUGUGUAUGUCCAUUACAUGAAAUCCAAAUAAAAAUCCAUUUAAAUUACAGGUUGUAAUACAACAAAAUAGGAAAAACGCCAAGGGGGAUGAAUACUUGAGCAAGGCACUGUAUUAUUUAGUAUAUGUAAAGACGACAUUAAAUUAAUAAUUGUCUGAUGGGUGACAAUAUUAGCCUAUCACUUGUGGAUUAUGUAUUAUCACUUGUGAAUGAUGCCCAGUUUGUGCAAGCAACAGCGCAUGCCUUUUUUUGCGACUUUUUCAAAUCAUAGUCGCACACCUCAUGUAGCCUUGCCCAUAGGCCUAUAUGUUUUGAUAAGGUUUGAAUCACAACUAAAGUGGUCAAAUAACUCCUUUAAAAUGAAGCACAUUAAUCCGCUUUACAACAGGUGUAGAGCCUAACUGGCAUACAUAGGCUGCACAUGAGUUUCAAGUUUGGGGAAGAUAAUUUUCACCAUAAAAAAUGCACCUUUUUAAUAAAGCUUUACAUGCAUAAGCGCAUUUGCAGUCAUACUUUUCGAGGAACAGUGUUUUCAAGCUAAUUGUAGCUUACUGCCGCUGCACUUAUAAAUAGGCUAAUAGUUUAUCAACAUUUUACGCUAAAUGUUCUGAUCUGUUGCAUCAGCCUCAUUGCUUUUUUAAAGGUUUUUUGAUUCGAGUGGUUGUAUUAAUUUGGGAUCUGUCGCAUCCCACAACCGUCCCAGAGUAUGUUUGGAAUAUUUAUUUAUUACACAGAAGGAGAAGUUGACCAAUAGAAUAGGUCAACCUUUGUACUAUGGAGGAUAGUGGAUUGAUAUAGGCUAGUGCUUUUGCUGUUCAUUAGGCCGACUCAGCUUGUUGGCUGAUGAAAAGUAGGGUAAAACCUGGACAGUUCUAACGUCUUCAAUAUGCGCCUCGGAAUUCGAUAAGAGAGACGCGCGCAGUUGCGUCCAGAUGCGUCUGUCUUCAUUCACUUGUAGCCUACUUCUUAGCUGAAAUGCCUGUGAGAUGGACCCGAUCACGUGACAGGCAUUGGCUACAUCUGAGCGAGUCAUGUAAGUGAGAGGUGCUUCGGAGCACUGCAGCCGGGAGAAGGGAAUUAUCAUUAUUAUAUUGGGCGGCAGGUAGCUUAGUGGUUAACAGCGUUGUGCCAGUAACCGAAAGGUCGCUGGUUCUAAUCCCCGAGCCGACUAGGUGAAAAAUCUGUCGAUGGGCCCUUGAACAAGGCACUUAACCCUAAUUGCUCAUGUAAGUCGCUCUGAAUAAGAGCGUCUGCUAAAUGACUAAAAUAAAUUAGAAAGAAAAAAUAUAUAUAUAUAUUCUGCCCAAGGGCACAACGGCCACUUCGGCCGCAAAAGGCAUUAAUGUUUUUAGGGGGCAUUACGGCCACACAAGGGGAAUGCCGCCGGGAAAUUCGAGGCCUGGUGAGAAUAUCAUCACGUGCUUGUCAAAUUGUGAAUGAGAGACUGAUGAAGUGUGUGCAGCUUGCAACUUUUUUCAAAUCGUCAUUAGAGUCCCGUCAUUCAGCCUUAGAAUUUAUCAAAAAUCUAAUAUAUAGCCCAAUGUUGGUUUCACAACUAAAGUUGCGUAAAUAACACUAAAUUAAGCAUAUAGGAGGACCAGUUUCUUUGUUAACCGCUCAACACAGAAUAGCCGCAUGUGCGCACUUCCUUUUGAAAUAGUUUGGAGAAAAUAUCCUUUCUGUUUUAUUAAGCUACAGUUGAAGUCGGAAGUUUACAUACACUUAGGUUGGAGUCAUUAAAACUCAUUUUUCAACCACUCCACAAAUUUCUUGUUAACAAACUAUAGUUUUGGCAAGUAUGUUAGGACAUCUACUUUGUGUAUGACACAAGUAAUUUUUCCAACAAUUGUUUACAGACCGAUUAUUUCACUUAUAAUUCACUGUAUCACAAUUCCAGUGGGUCUGAAGUUUACAUACACUAAGUUGACUGUGCCUUUAAAAAGCUUGGAAAAUUCCAGAAAAUGUCAUGGCUUUAGAAGCUUCUGAUAGGCUAAUUGACAUCAUUUGAGUCAAUUGGAGGUGUACCUGUGGAUGUAUUUCAAGGCCUACCUUCAAACUCAGUGCCUAUUUGCUUGACAUCAUGGGAAAAUCUAAAUAAAUCACAAGUCUGGUUCAUCCUUGGAAGCAAAUUCCAAAUGCCUGAAGGUACCACGUUCAUCUGUACAAACAAUAGUAUGCAAGUAUAAACACCAUGGGACCACGCAGCCGUCAUACCGCUCAGGAAGGAGAUGCGUUCUGUCUCCUAGAGAUGAACGUACUUUGGUGUGAAAAGUGCAAAUCAAUCCCAGAACAUCAGCAAAGGACCUUGUGAAGAUGCUGGAGGAAACAGGUACAAAAGUAUUUAUAUCCACAGUAAAACGAGUCCUAUAUCAACAUAACCUGAAAGGCCGCUCAGCAAGGAAGAAGCCACUGCUCCAAAACCGCCAUAAAAAAGCCAGACUACGGUUUGCAACUGCACAUGGGGACAAAGAUCGUACUUUUUGGAGAAAUGUCCUCUGGUCUGAUGAAACAAAAAUAUAACUGUUUGGCCAUAAUGACCAUCGUUAUGUUUGGAGGGAAAAGGGGAAGGCUUGCAAGCCCAAGAACAUUAUCCCAACCGUGAAGCACGGGGGUGGCAGCAUCAUGCUGUGGGGGUGAUUUGCUGCAGGAGGGACUGGUGCACUUCACAAAAUAGAUGGCGUCAUGAGGAAGGAAAAUUAUGUGGAUAUAUUGAAGCAACAUCUCAAGACAUCAGUCAGGAAGUUAAAGCUUGGUCGCAAAUGGGUCUUCCAAAUGGACAAUGACCCCAAGCAUUCUUCCAAAGUUGUGGCAAAAUGGCUUAAGGACAACAAAGUCAAGGUAUUGGAGUGGCCAUCACAAAGCCCUGACCUCAAUCCUAUAGAACAUUUGUGGGCAGAACUGAAAAAGAGUGUGCGAGCAAGGAGGCCUACAAACCUGACUCAGUUACACCAUCUCUGCCAGGAGGAAUGGGCCAGAAUUCACCCAACUUAUUGUGGGAAGCUUGUGGAAGGCUACCUGAAACGUUUGACCCAAGUUAAACAAUUUAAAGGCAAGGCUACCAAAUACUAAUUGAGUGUAUGUAAACUUGUCACCCACUGGGAAUGUGAUGAAAUAAAUAAAAGCUUAAAUAAAUCAUUCUCUCUACUAUUAUUCUGACAUUUCACAUUCUUAAAAUAAAGUGGUGAUCCGAAUUUAUAUAAGACAGGGAAUCUUUACUAGGAUUAAAUGUCAGGAAUUGUGAAAAACUGAGUUUAAAUGUAUUUGGCUAAGGUGUAUGUAAACUUCCGACUUCAACUGUAUGUUCAAUUGUAUUCUUCAUACUAUAAAAUAAUAAAGAAUAAUGCCAGGGAAUUCUAAGCAAAUCUUGUCUGCUAAAUGAACUAGUGUAGCCCACAGCCAUAUGGCAUAGCCAGAUCAGGACCUAACAUAAGGACAACUCAGAAUAUGCUAUUCUGUUAUUCUGAAAUAGACUACAUUUUCUUCAUAUCAUGUUUCUUUAGACCUGUCUAAAAUAAAUAAUGGAUUUAUUGUGAUGGUGUAGGCUAGACUUUUUAAAAUGUAGAUGUUCUAAAGGUCUGUAUCAGUGGCUUGUAGGCUAUGCGUGCAUUACCGUGAGACCGGCAGUUAUUUUCUUGACAAUCACCGGCUGACAAAAUGUAAUGACCGUCACAUCCCUACUCUCUCCCUCCUCCUUACGUCUCUCUGAUGUAACACAGAUACUGAGGAAAGGCCUUGAGGUUAAACUCCUUUUUUGAAAGGUUGACCAACUUAAGAAACCACUUCAACCACAUGCAAUGGAUGUGUUUACACAGGCAGCCCAUUUCUGAUCUUUGGUCCAAUUUUGGGCAAAAUAUCUGAUCUGAUUGGUCAAAAUACCAAUAAUUGGUCAAAAGAUUAGAAUUGGGCUGCCUGUCUAAACACAGCCAAAAUAGUGCCUUUAUGAAAAGUGUAGUUCUCUUCCCGUCCUUAAGGUGGAGUCGGUGAGUAAGAAGGAGAAGGCCAAGCAGAGACCUCUGGCCUUGAACACCGUGGAGAUGCUCCGAGUGGCCAGCUCCUCUCUAGGUGAGACCACCAAUCACAGCACAGUCAUUAGCAGCCAUUCAACCAGUAGUCAAACUAUUCAGUCAUUCAGGUCCCGUGUAGCUAAGUUGGUAGAGCAUGGCGCUUGCAACGCCAGGGUUGUGGGUUCGAUUCCCACGAGGGGCCAGUAUGAUUUUUUUUAAUGCACUCACUAACUGUAUGUCGCUCUGGAUAAGAGAGUCUGCUAAAUGACUAAAAUGUGAAAAAUGUCAACCAGUAGUCAAACUAUACAGCCAUUAGUCAACCAUUCAGCCAGUCAGCCAGUAGUCAAGCCAUUCAGCCAGUAGUCAAGCCAUUCAACCAUUCAGCCAGUCAGCCAGUAGUCAAGCCAUUCAGCCAGUAGUCAAGCCAUUCAACCAUUCAGCCAUUUAGCCAGUAGUCAAGCCAUUCAACCAGUAGUCAAGCCAUUCAACCAGUAGUCAAGCCAUUCAACCAGUAGUCAAGCCAUUCAACCAGUAGUCAAGCCAUUCAACCAGUAGUCAAGCCAUUUAGCCAGUAGUCAAGCCAUUCAGCCAGUAGUCAAGCCAUUCAACCAGUAGUCAAGCCAUUCAACCAGUAGUCAAGCCAUUCAACCAGUAGUCAAGCCAUUCAACCAGUAGUCAAGCCAUUUAGCCAUUCAACCAGUAGUCAAGCCAUUCAGCCAUUCAACAGGUCAGCCAUUCACCAGUAGUCAAGCCAUUCAACCAGUAGUCAAGCCAUUAGCCAUACCGUGUCAGCCAUUCAGCAUUCAAGCAUUCACAAGUCACAUCAGCCAUUCAACAUCAGCAUCACCAUUAGCAAGUGUCAAGCAUUCAGCAUUAGCCAUUAGCAUUCAACAGUAGUCAAGCCAUUAGCCAUUCAACCAGUAGUAGCAUUCAGCAUUAACCAUGUCACAUCAGCCAUUCACAGUAGUCAAGCCAUCACAUUAGCCAGUAGUCAAGCCUCACCAGUAGUCAAGCCUUCACCAGUAGUAGCGUUCACCAGUAGUCAAGCCUUCAGCCAGUUCAAGCGUCAGCCAGUAGUCAGCCGUUCAGCCAUUCAACAGUAGUCAGCAUUAGCCAGAGUCAAGCCAUUCACAGUAGUCAAGCAUUCAGCCGAGUCAAGCCUUCACCUCAACCAGUGUCAGCUUACCGAAUCAAGCCAUUCAGCCAGUAGUAGCAUUCAGCCAGUAGUAGCCCUGCAUACCAGAGUCAGCUUAGCCAUGUCAACAUUAACAGUAGUCAAGCAUCAGCCAGUGUCAAGCCUCACCAGUGUCAGCCAUUCACCAGUAGUCAAGCAUUAACCAGUGUCAAGCCAUUCAACCAUUUCAGCCAUUCAGCAGUAGUCAAGCCAUUCAGCCAGUAGUCAAGCCAUUCACCAGUGUCAAGCCAUUCAGCCAGUAGUCAGCCAUCAACCAGUAGUCAAGCAUUCACAGUUGUCAAGCCAUUCAACCAGUGUCAAGCAUUCAGCAGGUCAAGCAUUCAGCCAGUAGUCAAGCCAUUCAGCCAGUAGUCAAGCCAUUCAGCCAGUAGUCAAGCCAUUCAGCCAGUAGUCAAGCCAUUCAGCCAGUAGUCAAGCCAUUCACCAGUGUCAAGCCUUCACCAGUAGUCAAGCCAUUAGCAUUCAACCAGUAGUCAAGCCAUAGCCAUCAGUCAAGCAUUAGUAGUCAAGCCAUUAGCCAUCAACCAGUGUCAAGCAUUAGCCAAACAGCCAAGCAUUCAGCCAUUCAGCCAGUAGUCAAGCCUUCAGCCAUUCAACCAGUGUCAAGCUACAGUCAAGCCAUUAGCCAGUAGUCAAGACAUUCAGCAGUAGUCAAGCCAUUCAACAGUGUCAAGCCAUUCACCAGUAGUCAAGCCAUUCCAGCAGCAUUCACCAGUUCAAGCCAUUCACCAGUAGUCAAGCCAUCAGCAAAUUAGCAGUGUCAGCCAUUCAGCAGUAGUCAAGCCAUUAGCAUUCAACAUAGUAAGCAUCACAUUAAGUACGUGUCAAGCCAUUCACCAGAGUCAGCCAUCACCAGUACCAUCAACCAUUCAGCAGUAGCAAGCCAUACCAGUAGUCAGCAUUACCAUAUCAAGCUUACAUUCACAUUCACAGUGCAGCUUCAGCCAGUAGUCAGCUACAUUAGCUUCAUAGCAGCAAGUAGUAGAUCGCCCAUCAGCUUACCAGUAGUCAAGCCAUCACCUAUCAAGCCAUUCACAGUGUAAGUAGCAUUCAACAGUAGUCAAGCCAUUAGCCACAUAGUCAAGCCAUUAGCCAUUCACCAGUAGUCAAGCCAUUCACCAGUAGUCACAUGCCAUUCAACCAUUCAGCUAGCAUUACCAGUAAUGCGCAAGCCAUUCACCAGUUUAGCUCACCAUUAGCCAGUAUCAAGCAUUGCCAUAUCAAGUUCCAUUUCAGCCAUUAGCAUAGCCAUUCAACCAGUAGUCAAGCCAUUCAGCCAUUCACCAGUAGUCAAGCCAUUCAGCCAGUAGUCAAGCCAUUCAACCAGUUGUCAAGCCAUUCAGCCAUUCAGCCAGUAGUCAAGCCAUUCAGCCAUUCAGCAGUAGUCAAGCCAUUCAGCCAGUAGUCAAGCCAUUCAGCCAGUUGUCAAGCCAUUUAGCCAUUCAACCAGUAGUCAAGCUAUUUAGCCAGAAGUCAAGCCAUUCAGCCAGUAGUCAAGCCAUUCAACCAGUAGUCAAGCCAUUCAGCCAUUCAUGUAUACAGUACAUACAGUGAGCACCAUAAUUCAUUGGACAGUGACCAUUGUUUUGUUAUUUUGAUUCUGUACUCUAGCACUUUGAGUUUGAAAGGAUACAAUGGAAGUGAGGGUGAAGUGCAGACUGUCAGCUUUAAUUUGAGGGUAUUUUCAUACAUAUCGGAUGAACCGUUUAGAAAUUAUAGAAGAUUUUGUACAUGGUCCCCCCUAUUUUCAGGCAUAAAAAAACAUUGGACAGUUUAACAUAAUGUAGAAUAAAGUUAUCAUUGUUAAUAUUUGGUCGCAUAUCCUUUGCAUGCAAUGACUGCUUGAAGUCUGCGAUGCAUCAACAUCACCAGACGCUGGGUAUCUUCCCUGGUGAUGCUCUGCCAGGCCUGUACUGCAGCCAUCUUCAGUUCCUGCUUGUUUCGGGGACUUAUUGCCUUCAGUCUCCUCUUCAGCAUGUAAAAUGUAUGUUCAAUUGGAUUCAGAUCCGGUGAUUGACUCGGCCAGUCAACGAUUUUCCACUUUUUGGCCAUCAAAAACCCCUUCUUUGCUCUAGCAGUAUGUUUAGGGUCAUUGUCUUGUUGCAUGAUGAAGUGCCGUCCGAUGAGUUUGGAGGCAUUUGGUUUUAUCUGAGCAGAUAGAAUAUUUCUGUAGACUUCAGAAUUCAUUGUUCUACUUCUGUCUGCAGUCACAUCAUCGAUGAAGACAAGUGAGCCUGUUCCACUGGCAGCCAUACAGGCCCAAGCCAUAACACCCCAUCCACCAUGUUUCAGGGAUGAGGUGGUAUGCUUUGGAUCAUGGGCAUUUCUGUUUUUUCUCCACAAUUUCCUCUUUCCAUCACUCUGGUACAUGUUCAUCUUUGUCUCAUCUGUCCACAAUACUUUUUUCCAGAACUCUUGGGGCUCUUUUAGGGGCUUUUUAGCAAACUGUAAUCUGGCCUUUCUGUUCUUCAGGCUUAUCAGUGGUUUGCAUCUUGUAGUGUUACCCUCUGUAGUCCUGCUGGUGUAGUCUUCUACGUAUGGUAGACUUUGACACAUCUACACCUGCAUCCAGGAGAGUGUUUUUGAUCUGUUGGGCUGUUGUCAUGGGGGUUUUCUUCACCAUAGAGAGUAUUUUCCGGUCCCCACUACAGUGGUCUUCCUCGGUCUACCGGGUCUUUUGGACAUAAUUGAGUUCACCGGUUGUUUUUUUCUUGUUAAUGAUGAACCAAACUGUUGACUUGGGCAUGGCCAGGGUUUUUGCAAUGUUCCUGAUUGAUUGAUUUUCAUUUUUUCUGAGCCUUAUGACGGCCAGCUUCAUUUGCAUCGACACUGCUGUCUUCCUCAUGUUGUCACACCCCAACAACAACCUCCAAAGGCAAUAGCAAAGUCUAGAAUCAAUACUAUUCAUCAACAGCUCUUCUGCAUUCACUAACGACACAAAUUAAUACACCUGCCUAACAACACACAUCUGUGAAGCCAAUUUAACAAAUACUUGUAGUACCUUAAAAUGGGGGGACCAUGUACAAAAGCUUCUAUAAUUUCUAAACUGUUCAUCCGAUAUGUAUGAAAAUACCCUCAAUUUAAAGCUGACAGUCUGCACUUCACCCUCACUGUCAUUGUAUCCUUUCAAACUCAAAGUGCUAGAGUACAAAAUCAAAAUAACAAAACAAUGGUCACUGUCCAAUGAAUUAUGGUGCUCACUGUAUGUGUAUAUAUAGCUGUAUGCUCAGUACUGGGUCUGUGGUCAGUACUGGGUCUGUGGUCAGUACUGGGUCUAUGGUCAGUACUGGGUCUAUGGUCAGUACUGGGUCUAUGGUCAGUACUGGGUCUAUGGUCAGUACUGGGUCUGUGGUCAGUACUGGGUCUGUGGUCAGUACUGGGUCUGUGGUCAGUACUGGGUCUGUGGUCAGUACUGGGUCUAUGGUCAGUACUGGGUCUAUGGUCAGUACUGGGUCUAUGGUCAGUACUGGGUCUAUGGUCAGUACUGGGUCUGUGGUCAGUACUGUAUUUUAUUCAUUUGACCAUUUCAAAACACAAAGAAGUGGAUACACUGCAUUCACAAUCAUCAAGGAGGGCACAAAAGUAUUACAACUUAUUUGCGUUGUGUUCCUCUGAAGAGUGUCUGAACCGAAGGCGCUGUGUUCUCUUCCAUUUUAGGUAUGGGUCCGCAGCACACCAUGCAGAUAGCAGAGCGUCUGUACACCCAGGGCUAUAUCAGCUACCCCCGUACUGAGACCAACCACUACCACGAGAACUUUGACCUGAAGGGGACACUCAGACAGCAGGCUAACAACCCCUUCUGGGCUCAGGAGGUGAGAGCAGAGAGAGAGAGACUGAGGCUCCAUUCUCCACCCUUUUCCAGAAGUGUGCACUUGCAAACUCAACGUCAUAGAUUCAAAAGCAUAAGAUUGAUGUAAGCAUUGGCUGGAGAAAGUGUGUAAAUGUUAACUUUGGGAGAAGAGCGGAGAAUCAGGAAGCAGCCUGAGGAGGACUCGCACCGAUACAAAGACGUGCACUCAUCGACAUGCACCAAACACACCGAUGAAACAUGCACACUCUAUCAAAAAGUCACAUGAUCAAAUAGACAAGGACGCACACUGAUUUAAUGAUCAACGUGUGAUGAAUUCAGGUUAUGUAUGCAUACUGUCCUGAAUUACGUAAUUUGGAAGUUACCUCGUAAUGAAUGCAAAAUGUAACGAAAGCGUCUAACAAAACGGGCACACGUGGACUGAUUGAUUGUCCAGAAUGUGAUACAUGCAGAUUAUUCAUGCGGACUCUCCCUGAUGACGCCAUUUUAACGUUAUUAGUACAUUUUAUUAGUACAUACACACACACACUUGCUCCAACACGUGAUUAAUUCUGAUCAUGCGUGAAUUGGAUACAUCCUCCUGGGUGACAUCGUUUGGAGUUACCUCGAAAUGAAACACAAAACAAAAAUUGUGGAAAGACAAAAAUACAGUGAAACUGAUCCCAGAUCAGCACCCCUACGUUGAGACUGUAUGAAAACCAGCCUUGACGUGGUUUGUCCCCCUCUAGGUGAAGGCUCUGCUGUCAGAGGGACUGAACCGUCCCAGGAAAGGAGCUGAUGCCGGAGACCACCCUCCCAUCACCCCCAUGAGGGCUGCCUCCGAAGGAGAGCUAGGUGGGUAGUGGCACCUUGAAACUAGCCUGGUAACAUCCGCUUGUGUUUCCUUACUAUUGCCGACUCCAGCACAAACAGAUCAGGGGACCAGGCUACCUUGUAACGUGUCAUGUUUCACCUGCUAUAUCUACAUGUCUUCCUGUUGACUUCUCCUCCUCCUGUCCUUCCAGUCCUUAUGUUAGCUUCCCCCAUCACUGUCCAGUCUCCAUGGUCAUUAGGGCACGUCCUAGCAAAAACCUAAAUGAGCGUUUCUUAUUGGACAAUUGGUUCAGGUAGUCCCUCCCUGUUUCAGUCGGUUUCUUUACAUUUGGAGCCUAAUGAACACGACCCAGGCAUCUCAUUGUGCUACUUUGCUGCCUUAAAAUUAAAUGUAAAAAAAAAAAAAAAUGAUUUGAUUUUUUCCCUUACCAAUCAAUGUACACAACCUACCGCACAUUUCCAACGUUUUUUUUAUUUUAUCCCCUCCAAAAAUGAAGAUGUUUUGAUUGUGUAUGUCUUCCCCUCCAGAGUUAAUACUUGUUGGAAACACCCCAGACUAAUACUUGGUGGAAACACCCCAGAGUUAAUACUUGUUGGAAACACCCCAGAGUUAAUACUUGGUGGAAACACCCCAGAGUUAAUACUUGGUGGAAAUACCCCAGAGUUAAUACUUGUUGGAAACACCCCAGACUAAUACUUGGUGGAAACACCCCAGAGUUAAUACUUGGUGGAAACACCCCAGAGUUAAUACUUGUUGGAAACACCCCAGAGUUAAUACUUGGUGGAAACACCCCAGAGUUAAUACUUGGUGGAACACCCCAGAGUUAAUACUUGGUGGAAACACCCCAGAGUUAAUACUUGUUGGAAACACCCCAGAGUUAAUACUUGGUGGAAACACCCCAGAGUUAAUACUUGGUGGAAACACCCCAGAGUUAAUACUUGGUGGAAACACCCCAGAGUUAAUACUUGGUGGAAACACCCCAGAGUUAAUACUUGUGGAAACACCCCAGAGUUAAUACUUGGUGGAAACACCCCAGAGUUAAUACUUGGUGGAAACACCCCAGAGUUAAUACUUGGUGGAACACCCCAGAGUUAAUACUUGGUGGAAACCCCCAGAGUUAAUACUUGUUGGAAACACCCCAGAGUUAAUACUUGGUGAAUACUUGUUGGAAACACCCCAGAGUUAAUACUUGUUGGAAACACCCCAGAGUUAAUACUUGUGGAAACACCCCAGAGUUAAUACUUGGUGGAAACACCCCAGAGUUAAUACUUGGUGGAAACACCUUUUGCGGCCAUUACAGCUGUGAUAAAAAAAAUAAAAAAAUAAGAUUCUACAAACUUUGCACAACUUUUAGGACAACAUGUUUCCAUCAUUUUUUGUCAAAAUUGGUCAAACUCAGUAAAUAUGGUUGGGGAUUAUUAAUGGACAGAAAUAUUCAAACCUUGUCUCUGAUUUCAAGCAAAUUUAAGUCGGGACUGAUACUGGACAAUUUAGGAACACUCAAAACCUAUUGGAAAGCCAUUCUGGUGUUUCUGUAGCAUAAACAAAUGGUGUUCCGCUUCAAAAUAAAACUAUCCCAAGGGUUUUCACAAGAUUGAGGUGGGUUUUCCUCUAACUGUAACGUAAAAUGAAAAUGAGUGUUUCAUGUUGGAAAAUGAGUGUUUCAUAUUGGAAAAUGAGUGUUUCAGGUAGAGCCUUCCUGUUUCAGUCUGUUUUCUUCUGUUUGGUACCUAAUGAACACACCCCCUGCCCGUCUCCACAACAGGAAGUGACGGGUGGCGUUUGUACGAGUACAUCGUGCGUCACUUCAUCGCCACGGUGAGUCAGGACUGUAAGUACCUGCAGACAACCAUCUCCUUCAUCAUCGCCUCAGAGGGUUUCUCCUGCAGCGGAAAGACACUCAUAUCACCUGGUAAGGUCCUGUUGUUGUUGUUUACUGUUGUUGUUGUUGUCCUCUUGCCAUCUGGUCUUGUUUCCUAAUAUUGUUAUGCUGAGAAAUAUUUUGUGAUACACAUGACUAAUAAAGAUCAAUCAACCAACCAAUUAGUGUUGCUGUUUUCAUGAAUAAGCCAUUAUAAAUCCUUCUAAAUGCUUUAUAAAUGGUGCUAAAUGUUUAGCUAUAGCCUAAAUGCUUAUGAAUUGUAAGAUUUCUAAUGCUAAUAGAUGCUUCUAAAUGUUUGUUGUAACUGGUACUCAGGCUUCACGGAGGUGAUGCCGUGGCUGGGUAUCCCUCUCGAGGAGGCUAUGCCAGUGUGUGAGAGGGGAGACGUCUUCACAGUAGAGGAGAUUAAACUAGUGGAGAGACAGACCAGCCCUCCAGACUACCUCACUGAGGCCGACCUCAUCACACUGAUGGAGAAACACGGCAUAGGUGUGUGUGCAGGGGUGGAGGCUGUGUGUGUGCAGGGGUGGAGGCUGUGUGUUUGUGUGUGUGUGUGUGUGUGCAGGGUGUGUGUGUGUGUGUGUGUGUGCAGGGGUGGAGGCUGUGUGUGUGCAGGGUGUGUGUGCAGGGGUGGAGGCUGUGUGUGCAGGGUGUGUGUGUGUGUGUGUGUGUGUGUGUGCAGGGUGUGUGUGUGUGUGUGUGUGUGUGUGUGUGUGUGUGUGUGUGUGUGUGUGCAGGGGUGGAGGCUGUGUGGGUGUGUGUGUGCAGGGUGUGUGUGUGUGUGUGUGUGCAGGGUGUGUGUGUGUGUGUGUGUGUGUGUGCAGGGGUGGAUGCUGUGUGUGUGCAGGGUGUGUGUGCAGGGUGUGUGUGUGUGUGUGCAGGGUGUGUGUGUGUGUGCAGGGUGUGUGUGUGUGUGCAGGGGUGGAGGCUGUGUGUGUGCAGUGUGUGUGUGUGUGUGUGUGUGCAGAGUGUGUGUGUGUGUGUGCAGAGUGUGUGUGUGUGUGUGUGUGCGUGUGUGUGUGUGUGUGUGUGCGUAUGAAAGUUGUUGAUUCAUGUUAUGCCACCGCGGGUGUCUGUCUAGGGAUACGUUAAUGGUGGAAUACUGUGUGUAACCGUCCUUGCAGGUACUGACGCCAGCAUCCCGGUCCAUAUCAACAACAUCUCUCAGAGGAAUUAUGUGACGGUGGAGAACGGACGCAAGCUCAAACCCACCAACCUGGGCAUCGUCCUGGUGCACGGAUAUUACAAGACAGGUGUGUGUGUGUGUGUGUGUGAGCAUCAUUCUGGUGCACGGAUUCUACAAGACAGGUCAGUAACUUUAACACUCAACACACUUGCAGAUGGACCCUACAUUUUCCAUUAGCACAAGUUAGAAUUGACAUGUUUUCAUAUGUAUCCAUAUGUACUUGCAUGCAUUUAUGUAUGUGUGUGUUUACAAUGUGUGUGUGUGUGUGUGUGUGUGUGUUUGUAUUCAACCCCCCCGCGAUGUUUGUGUAGAUGCUGAGCUGGUGCUGCCUACCAUCCGUGGCGCUGUAGAGAAACAGCUGAACCUGAUUGCCCAGGGCAAGGUGAACUACCAACAGGUUCUGCAACACACCCUGGACAUCUUCAAGAGGAAGUUCCACUACUUCUUUGACACCAUUGCUAGUGAGUACAACACACUCACACAAACACUCACACUCACUCACACACACACACACACACACACACACACACACACACACACACACACACACACCCUGGACAUCUCCAAGAGGAAGUCCCACCAUGAAACAUAAGUAGCAGGAGCGCAUCAGGGACUCCAAAACAACCACAGGUUCUCGGAGGAGAAAAGUGAUUGGAAAGCGAAGGAAAACAUUAUAACCACUAAUUCUGUACUGUAAUAUAGUAAAUACUCUACUGUAAUAUAGUAAAUACUGUACUGUAAUAUAGUAAAUACUCUACUGUAAUAUAGUAAAUACUCUACUGUAAUAUAGUAAAUACUCUACUGUAAUAUAGUAAAUACUCUACUGUAAUAUAGUAAAUACUCUACUGUAAUAUAGUAAAUACUGUACUGUAAUAUAGUAAAUACUGUACUGUAAUAUAGUAAAUACUCUACUGUAAUAUAGUAAAUACUCUACUGUAAUAUAGUAAAUACUCUACUGUAAUAUAGUAAAUACUCUACUGUAAUAUAGUGAGUACUGUAAUAUAGUAAAUACUCUACUGUAAUAUAGUAAAUACUCUACUGUAAUAUAGUAAAUACUCUACUGUAAUAUAGUAAAUACUCUACUGUAAUAUAGUAAAUACUCUACUGUAAUAUAGUAAAUACUCUACUGUAAUAUAGUGAGUACUGUAAUAUAGUAAAUACUCUACUGUAAUAUAGUAAAUACUCUACUGUAAUAUAGUGAGUACUCUACUGUAAUAUAGUGAGUACUCUACUGUAAUAUAGUAAAUACUCUACUGUAAUAUAGUGAGUACUGUAAUAUAGUGAGUACUGUAAUAUAGUAAAUAAUCUACUGUAAUAUAGUAAAUACUGUACUGUAAUAUAGUAAAUACUCUACUGUAAUAUAGUAAAUACUCUACUGUAAUAUAGUAAAUACUCUACUGUAAUAUAGUGAGUACUGUAAUAUAGUGAGUACUGUAAUAUAGUAAAUACUCUACUGUAAUAUAGUAAAUACUCUACUGUAAUAUAGUGAGUACUGUAAUAUAGUGAGUACUGUAAUAUAGUAAAUACUCUACUGUAAUAUAGUAAAUACUAUACUGUAAUAUAGUAAAUACUCUACUGUAAUAUAGUAAAUACUGUACUGUAAUAUAGUAAAUACUCUACUGUAAUAGAGUAAAUAUUCUACUGUAAUAGAGUAAAUACUCUACUGUAAUAGAGUAAAUACUCUACUGUAAUAUAGUAAAUACUCUACUGUAAUAGAGUAAAUACUCUACUGUAAUAGAGUAAAUACUCUACUGUAAUAUAGUAAAUACUCUACUGUAAUAGAGUGAGUACUGUAAUAUAGUGAGUACUGUAAUAGAGUAAAUACUCUACUGUAAUAUAGUACAUACUCUACUGUAAUAGAGUGAGUACUGUAAUAUAGUGAGUACUGUAAUAUAGUAAAUACUCUACUGUAAUAUAGUAAAUACUCUACUGUAAUAUAGUAAAUACUCUACUGUAAUAGAGUAAAUACUCUACUGUAAUAGAGUAAAUACUCUACUGUAAUAUAGUACAUACUCUACUGUAAUAUAGUGAGUACUGUAAUAUAGUAAAUACUCUACUGUAAUAUAGUAAAUACUCUACUGUAAUAUAGUGAGUACUGUAAUAUAGUGAGUACUGUAAUAUAGUAAAUACUCUACUGUAAUAUAGUAAAUACUCUACUGUAAUAUAGUGAGUACUGUACUAUAGUGAGUACUGUAAUAUAGUAAAUACUCUACUGUAAUAUAGUAAAUACUCUACUGUAAUAUAGUAAAUACUCUACUGUAAUAGAGUAAAUACUCUACUGUAAUAGAGUAAAUACUCUACUGUAAUAUAGUGAGUACUGUAAUAUAGUGAGUACUCUACUGUAAUAUAGUAAAUACUCUACUGUAAUAUAGUAAAUACUCUACUGUAAUAGAGUAAAUACUCUACUGUAAUAGAGUAAAUACUCUACUGUAAUAUAGUAAAUACUCUACUGUAAUAGAGUGAGUACUGUAAUAUAGUGAGUACUGUAAUAGAGUAAAUACUCUACUGUAAUAUAGUACAUACUCUACUGUAAUAGAGUGAGUACUGUAAUAUAGUGAUUACUGUAAUAUAGUAAAUACUCUACUGUAAUAUAGUAAAUACUCUACUGUAAUAUAGUAAAUACUCUACUGUAAUAGAGUAAAUACUCUACUGUAAUAGAGUAAAUACUCUACUGUAAUAGAGUACAUACUCUACUGUAAUAUAGUGAGUACUGUAAUAUAGUGAGUACUGUAAUAUAGUAAAUACUCUACUGUAAUAUAGUAAAUACUCUACUGUAAUAUAGUGAGUACUGUAAUAUAGUGAGUACUGUAAUAUAGUAAAUACUCUACUGUAAUAUAGUAAAUACUCUACUGUAAUAUAGUGAGUACUGUAAUAUAGUGAGUACUGUAAUAUAGUAAAUACUCUACUGUAAUAUAGUAAAUACUCUACUGUAAUAUAGUAAAUACUCUACUGUAAUAUAGUAAAUACUUUACUGUAAUAGAGUAAAUACUCUACUGUAAUAGAGUAAAUACUCUACUGUAAUAGAGUAAAUACUCUACUGUAAUAUAGUGAGUACUGUAAUAUAGUGAGUACUCUACUGUAAUAUAGUAAAUACUAUACUGUAAUAUAGUAAAUACUCUACUGUAAUAGAGUAAAUACUCUACUGUAAUAGAGUAAAUACUCUACUGUAAUAUAGUACAUACUCUACUGUAAUAUAGUGAGUAAUGUAAUAUAGUGAGUACCGUAAUAUAGUAAAUACUCUACUGUAAUAUAGUAAAUACUCUACUGUAAUAUAGUGAGUACUGUAAUAUAGUGAGUACUGUAAUAUAGUAAAUACUCUACUGUAAUAUAGUAAAUACUCUACUGUAAUAGAGUAAAUACUCUACUGUAAUAGAGUAAAUACUCUACUGUAAUAUAGUAAAUACUCUACUGUAAUAGAGUGAGUACUGUAAUAUAGUGAGUACUGUAAUAGAGUAAAUACUCUACUGUAAUAUAGUACAUACUCUACUGUAAUAGAGUGAGUACUGUAAUAUAGUGAGUACUGUAAUAUAGUAAAUACUCUACUGUAAUAUAGUAAAUACUCUACUGUAAUAUAGUGAGUACUGUAAUAUAGUGAGUACUGUAAUAUAGUAAAUACUCUACUGUAAUAUAGUAAAUACUGUACUGUAAUAUAGUAAAUACUCUACUGUAAUAGAGUAAAUACUCUACUGUAAUAGAGUAAAUACUCUACUGUAAUAGAGUAAAUACUCUACUGUAAUAUAGUGAGUACUGUAAUAUAGUGAGUACUCUACUGUAAUAUAGUAAAUACUCUACUGUAAUAUAGUAAAUACUCUACUGUAAUAGAGUAAAUACUCUACUGUAAUAGAGUAAAUACUCUACUGUAAUAGAGUAAAUACUCUACUGUAAUAUAGUGAGUACUGUAAUAUAGUGAGUACCGUAAUAUAGUAAAUACUCUACUGUAAUAUAGUAAAUACUCUACUGUAAUAUAGUGAGUACUGUAAUAUAGUGAGUACUGUAAUAUAGUAAAUACUCUACUGUAAUAUAGUAAAUACUCUACUGUAAUAUAGUAAAUACUCUACUGUAAUAUAGUAAAUACUCUACUGUAAUAUAGUAAAUACUUUACUGUAAUAGAGUAAAUACUCUACUGUAAUAGAGUAAAUACUCUACUGUAAUAGAGUAAAUACUCUACUGUAAUAUAGUGAGUACUGUAAUAUAGUGAGUACUCUACUGUAAUAUAGUAAAUACUAUACUGUAAUAUAGUAAAUACUCUACUGUAAUAGAGUAAAUACUCUACUGUAAUAGAGUAAAUACUCUACUGUAAUAUAGUACAUACUCUACUGUAAUAUAGUGAGUACUGUAAUAUAGUGAGUACCGUAAUAUAGUAAAUACUCUACUGUAAUAUAGUAAAUACUCUACUGUAAUAUAGUGAGUACUGUAAUAUAGUGAGUACUGUAAUAGAGUAAAUACUCUACUGUAAUAUAGUACAUACUCUACUGUAAUAGAGUGAGUACUGUAAUAUAGUGAGUACUGUAAUAUAGUAAAUACUCUACUGUAAUAUAGUAAAUACUCUACUGUAAUAUAGUGAGUACUGUAAUAUAGUGAGUACUGUAAUAUAGUAAAUACUCUACUGUAAUAUAGUAAAUACUGUACUGUAAUAUAGUAAAUACUCUACUGUAAUAGAGUAAAUACUCUACUGUAAUAGAGUAAAUACUCUACUGUAAUAGAGUAAAUACUCUACUGUAAUAUAGUGAGUACUGUAAUAUAGUGAGUACUCUACUGUAAUAUAGUAAAUACUCUACUGUAAUAUAGUAAAUACUCUACUGUAAUAGAGUAAAUACUCUACUGUAAUAGAGUAAAUACUCUACUGUAAUAUAGUACAUACUCUACUGUAAUAUAGUGAGUACUGUAAUAUAGUGAGUACCGUAAUAUAGUAAAUACUCUACUGUAAUAUAGUAAAUACUCUACUGUAAUAUAGUGAGUACUGUAAUAUAGUAAAUACUCUACUGUAAUAUAGUAAAUACUCUACUGUAAUAUAGUGAGUACUGUAAUAUAGUGAGUACUGUAAUAUAGUAAAUACUCUACUGUAAUAUAGUAAAUACUCUACUGUAAUAUAGUGAGUACUGUAAUAUAGUGAGUACUGUAAUAGAGUAAAUACUCUACUGUAAUAUAGUAAAUACUCUACUGUAAUAUAGUGAGUACUGUAAUAUAGUGAGUACUGUAAUAUAGUAAAUACUCUACUGUAAUAUAGUAAAUACUCUACUGUAAUAUAGUAAAUACUUUACUGUAAUAGAGUAAAUACUCUACUGUAAUAGAGUAAAUACUCUACUGUAAUAUAGUGAGUACUGUAAUAUAGUAAAUACUCUACUGUAAUAUAGUAAAUACUCUACUGUAAUAUAGUAAAUACUCUACUGUAAUAGAGUAAAUACUCUACUGUAAUAGAGUAAAUACUCUACUGUAAUAUAGUACAUACUCUACUGUAAUAUAGUGAGUACUGUAAUAUAGUGAGUACUGUAAUAUAGUAAAUACUCUACUGUAAUAUAGUAAAUACUCUACUGUAAUAUAGUAAAUACUCUACUGUAAUAGAGUAAAUACUCUAUUGUAAUAUAGUAAAUACUCUACUGUAAUAUAGUAAAUACUCUACUGUAAUAUAGUGAGUACUGUAAUAUAGUGAGUACUGUAAUAUAGUGAGUACUGUAAUAUAGUAAAUACUCUACUGUAAUAUAGUAAAUACUCUACUGUAAUAUAGUAAAUACUCUACUGUAAUAUAGUGAGUACUGUAAUAUAGUGAGUACUGUAAUAUAGUAAAUACUCUACUGUAAUAUAGUAAAUACUCUACUGUAAUAUAGUGAGUACUGUAAUAUAGUAAAUACUCUACUGUAAUAUAGUAAAUACUCUACUGUAAUAUAGUGAGUACUGUAAUAUAGUGAGUACUGUAAUAUAGUAAAUACUCUACUGUAAUAUAGUAAAUACUCUACUGUAAUAUAGUGAGUACUGUAAUAUAGUGAGUACUGUAAUAUAGUAAAUACUCUACUGUAAUAUAGUAAAUACUCUACUGUAAUAGAGUAAAUACUCUACUGUAAUAUAGUAAAUACUCUACUGUAAUAGAGUGAGUACUGUAAUAUAGUGAGUACUGUAAUAUAGUAAAUACUCUACUGUAAUAUAGUAAAUACUCUACUGUAAUAUAGUGAGUACUGUAAUAUAGUGAGUACUGUAAUAUAGUAAAUACUCUACUGUAAUAUAGUAAAUACUCUACUGUAAUAUAGUAAAUACUCUACUGUAAUAGAGUAAAUACUCUACUGUAAUAGAGUAAAUACUCUACUGUAAUAGAGUAAAUACUCUACUGUAAUAUAGUGAGUACUGUAAUAUAGUGAGUACUCUACUGUAAUAUAGUAAAUACUCUACUGUAAUAUAGUAAAUACUCUACUGUAAUAGAGUAAAUACUCUACUGUAAUAGAGUAAAUACUCUACUGUAAUAUAGUACAUACUCUACUGUAAUAUAGUGAGUACUGUAAUAUAGUGAGUACCGUAAUAUAGUAAAUACUCUACUGUAAUAUAGUAAAUACUCUACUGUAAUAUAGUGAGUACUGUAAUAUAGUGAGUACUGUAAUAUAGUAAAUACUCUACUGUAAUAUAGUAAAUACUCUACUGUAAUAUAGUGAGUACUGUAAUAUAGUGAGUACUGUAAUAUAGUAAAUACUCUACUGUAAUAUAGUAAAUACUCUACUGUAAUAUAGUGAGUACUGUAAUAUAGUGAGUACUGUAAUAGAGUAAAUACUCUACUGUAAUAUAGUAAAUACUCUACUGUAAUAUAGUGAGUACUGUAAUAUAGUGAGUACUGUAAUAUAGUAAAUACUCUACUGUAAUAUAGUAAAUACUCUACUGUAAUAUAGUAAAUACUUUACUGUAAUAGAGUAAAUACUCUACUGUAAUAGAGUAAAUACUCUACUGUAAUAUAGUGAGUACUGUAAUAUAGUAAAUACUCUACUGUAAUAUAGUAAAUACUCUACUGUAAUAUAGUAAAUACUCUACUGUAAUAGAGUAAAUACUCUACUGUAAUAGAGUAAAUACUCUACUGUAAUAUAGUACAUACUCUACUGUAAUAUAGUGAGUACUGUAAUAUAGUGAGUACUGUAAUAUAGUAAAUACUCUACUGUAAUAUAGUAAAUACUCUACUGUAAUAUAGUAAAUACUCUACUGUAAUAGAGUAAAUACUCUAUUGUAAUAUAGUAAAUACUCUACUGUAAUAUAGUAAAUACUCUACUGUAAUAUAGUGAGUACUGUAAUAUAGUGAGUACUGUAAUAUAGUGAGUACUGUAAUAUAGUAAAUACUCUACUGUAAUAUAGUAAAUACUCUACUGUAAUAUAGUAAAUACUCUACUGUAAUAUAGUGAGUACUGUAAUAUAGUGAGUACUGUAAUAUAGUAAAUACUCUACUGUAAUAUAGUAAAUACUCUACUGUAAUAUAGUGAGUACUGUAAUAUAGUAAAUACUCUACUGUAAUAUAGUAAAUACUCUACUGUAAUAUAGUAAAUACUCUACUGUAAUAUAGUGAGUACUGUAAUAUAGUGAGUACUGUAAUAUAGUAAAUACUCUACUGUAAUAUAGUAAAUACUCUACUGUAAUAUAGUGAGUACUGUAAUAUAGUGAGUACUGUAAUAUAGUAAAUACUCUACUGUAAUAUAGUACAUACUCUACUGUAAUAUAGUACAUACUCUACUGUAAUAUAGUAAAUACUCUACUGUAAUAUAGUGAGUACUGUAGUUGCUGUGGAAUAAGUGGUCCAGGUCCAGGCACUCUUUGAAAGUUAAAAAGCCUUUAAUGUCUGGGCGAAGACAUCAUUAAAAUACACCAACGCCUAUUGGCUUUCGCCUUCAUCAGGUUCUACUUCUUUGACUUAAUCACCAAUGAGUAACACACACCCUGGACAUCUACAACAGGAAGCUCCACUACUUCUUCAACAGGAAGUUCCACUAUUUCUUCAACAGGAAGUUCCACUAUUUCUUCAACAGGAAGUUCCACUAUUUCUUCAACAGGAAGUUCCACUACUUCUUCAACAGGAAGUUCCACUACUUCUUCAACAGGAAGUUCCACUACUUCUUCAACAGGAAGUUCCACUAUUUCUUCAACAGGAAGUUCCACUACUUCUUCAACAGGAAGUUCCACUACUUCUUCAAGAUGCUCUUUGAAACAGAUCUAGGAUCAGUUUACCAUUCCCAAAUAUUGACCUUAAUAGGGGGAUACUGACCGUAGCAGGAGAAGGGAGGGGAUACUGACCGUAGCGGGGGGGGUAGGGGAUACUGACCGUAGCAGGAGAAGGGAGGGGAUACUGACCGUAGCGGGGGGGGUAGGGGAUACUGACCGUAGCAGGGGGGGGAGGGGAUACUGACCGUAGCAGGAGAAGGGAGGGGAUACUGACCGUAGCGGGGGGGGUAGGGGAUACUGACCGUAGCAGGGGGGGGAGGGGAUACUGACCGUAGCAGGAGAAGGGAGGGGAUACUGACCGUAGCAGGGGGGGAGGGGAUACUGACCGUAGCAGGGGGGGGAGGGGAUACUGACCGUAGCAGGAGAAGGGAGGGGAUACUGACCGUAGCAGGAGAAGGGAGGGGAGACAAAUAAAGGAAUUAAUGUAUUAUAAAAAAUAAAAGGUUUGGCGUCACAAAUAUCUCCUAAACUACCCAUGUCUCUGUGUCCUGUAGGUAUGGAUGAGCUGGAGGUCAUAAACUAACCAUGUCUCUGUGUCCUGUAGGUAUGGACGAGCUGGAGGUCAUAAACUAACCAUGUCUCUGUGUCCUGUAGGUAUGGACUAGCUGGAGGUCAUAAACUAACCAUGUCUCUGUGUCCUGUAGGUAUGGACGAGCUCAUGGAGGUGACGUUCUCUCCCAUCGCUGCCACCGGCAAGCCCCUGUCCCGCUGCGGCAAGUGCCAUCGCUUCAUGAAGUAUAUUCAGGUCAGUGUUACAAAACAACAACAAAGGUCACUGGGUCAACUUCUCCCCUGUUUAGAAGUAGUGUACAAACAUUCAGUAACUUGUGCCGGGUUCAACAAGUAAAGUCAUGAAAGAAAGAUGGAUAUGCAAUAUUGUUGAAUGCUCCCCCAGUUUCAUUGUGAAACACAGUGGUUCACUACCCUUUUUUUAAAUCCGUGGCACACCUUGAUGGGAUAAAGAUUUCUGCGCCACACCUACAUUUCCCUAUACAUCUGAUCCAUACUGCUAAUCAUCAUCUGAUCCAUGCUGCUAAUCAUCAUCUGAUCCAUGCUGCUAAUCAUCAUCUGAUCCAUGCUGCUAAUCAUCAUCUGAUCCAUGCUGCUAAUCAUCAUCUGAUCCAUGCUGCUAAUCAUCAUCUGAUCCAUGCUGCUAAUCAUCAUCUGAUCCAUACUGCUAAUCAUCAUCUAAUCAUCUGAUCCAUACUGCUAAUCAUCAUCUGAUCCAUACUGCUAAUCAUCAUCUGAUCCAUACUGCUAAUCAUCAUCUGAUCCAUACUGCUAAUCAUCAUCUGAUCUACAGUAUACUGCUAAUCAUCAUCUGAUCUACAGUAUACUGCUAAUCAUCAUCUGAUCCGUACUGCUAAUCAUCAUCUGAUCUACAGUAUACUGCUAAUCAUCAUCUGAUCCAUACUGCUAAUCAUCAUCUGAUCCAUACUGCUAAUCAUCAUCUGAUCCGUACUGCUAAUCAUCAUCUGAUCUACAGUAUACUGCUAAUCAUCAUCUGAUCCAUACUGCUAAUCAUCAUCUGAUCUACAGUAUACUGCUAAUCAUCAUCUGAUCCAUACUGCUAAUCAUCAUCUGAUCCAUACUGCUAAUCAUCAUCUGAUCCAUACUGCUAAUCAUCAUCUGAUCCAUACUGCUAAUCAUCAUCUGAUCCAUACUGCUAAUCAUCAUCUGAUCUACAGUAUACUGCUAAUCAUCAUCUGAUCUACAGUAUACUGCUAAUCAUCAUCUGAUCCAUACUGCUAAUCAUCAUCUGAUCUACAGUAUACUGUAUAAUCAUCAUCUGAUCCAUACUGCUAAUCAUCAUCUGAUCCAUGCUGCUAAUCAUCAUCUGAUCCAUGCUGCUAAUUAUCAUCUGAUCCAUGCUGCUAAUCAUCAUCUGAUCCAUACUGCUAAUCAUCAUCUGAUCCAUACUGCUAAUCAUCAUCUGAUCCAUGCUGCUAAUCAUCAUCUGAUCCAUGCUGCUAAUCAUCAUCUGAUCCAUACUGCUAAUCAUCAUCUGAUCCAUACUGCUAAUCAUCAUCUGAUCUACAGUAUACUGCUAAUCAUCAUCUGAUCUACAGUAUACUGCUAAUCAUCAUCUGAUCCGUACUGCUAAUCAUCAUCUGAUCUACAGUAUACUGCUAAUCAUCAUCUGAUCCAUACUGCUAAUCAUCAUCUAAUCAUCUGAUCCAUACUGCUAAUCAUCAUCUGAUCCAUACUGCUAAUCAUCAUCUGAUCCAUACUGCUAAUCAUCAUCUGAUCCAUACUGCUAAUCAUCAUCUGAUCUACAGUAUACUGCUAAUCAUCAUCUGAUCUACAGUAUACUGCUAAUCAUCAUCUGAUCCGUACUGCUAAUCAUCAUCUGAUCUACAGUAUACUGCUAAUCAUCAUCUGAUCCAUACUGCUAAUCAUCAUCUGAUCCAUACUGCUAAUCAUCAUCUGAUCCGUACUGCUAAUCAUCAUCUGAUCUACAGUAUACUGCUAAUCAUCAUCUGAUCUACAGUAUACUGCUAAUCAUCAUCUGAUCCAUACUGCUAAUCAUCAUCUGAUCCAUACUGCUAAUCAUCAUCUGAUCCAUACUGCUAAUCAUCAUCUGAUCCAUACUGCUAAUCAUCAUCUGAUCCAUACUGCUAAUCAUCAUCUGAUCUACAGUAUACUGCUAAUCAUCAUCUGAUCUACAGUAUACUGCUAAUCAUCAUCUGAUCCAUACUGCUAAUCAUCAUCUGAUCUACAGUAUACUGUAUAAUCAUCAUCUGAUCCAUACUGCUAAUCAUCAUCUGAUCCAUACUGCUAAUCAUCAUCUGAUCUACAGUAUACUGUAUAAUCAUCAUCUGAUCCAUACUGCUAAUCAUCAUCUGAUCCAUACUGCUAAUCAUCAUCUGAUCCAUACUGCUAAUCAUCAUCUGAUCUACAGUAUACUGCUAAUCAUCAUCUGAUCUACAGUAUACUGCUAAUCAUCAUCUGAUCCGUACUGCUAAUCAUCAUCUGAUCUACAGUAUACUGCUAAUCAUCAUCUGAUCCAUACUGCUAAUCAUCAUCUGAUCCAUACUGCUAAUCAUCAUCUGAUCCGUACUGCUAAUCAUCAUCUGAUCUACAGUAUACUGCUAAUCAUCAUCUGAUCCAUACUGCUAAUCAUCAUCUGAUCUACAGUAUACUGCUAAUCAUCAUCUGAUCCAUACUGCUAAUCAUCAUCUGAUCCAUACUGCUAAUCAUCAUCUGAUCCAUACUGCUAAUCAUCAUCUGAUCCAUACUGCUAAUCAUCAUCUGAUCCAUACUGCUAAUCAUCAUCUGAUCUACAGUAUACUGCUAAUCAUCAUCUGAUCUACAGUAUACUGCUAAUCAUCAUCUGAUCCAUACUGCUAAUCAUCAUCUGAUCUACAGUAUACUGUAUAAUCAUCAUCUGAUCCAUACUGCUAAUCAUCAUCUGAUCCAUACUGCUAAUCAUCAUCUGAUCUACAGUAUACUGUAUAAUCAUCAUCUGAUCUAUACUGCUAAUCAUCAUCUGAUCUAUACUGCUAAUCAUCAUCUGAUCCAUACUGCUAAUCAUACUGCUAAUACAUCAUAAUAAUACCUAGAAUUUAAAGGACGCUGUAAAGAAAAUUUCCUUGAUAAACAUUUUUUAGCGGUUAAAUGGGUUAUUUUAAGGUUUACUUGAACUAUUUUCAUAGUUCCUUACUCAUGAUGAUUAAUUUGUGUGUACCUCUUUAAGAGCAUCCCGCAAAUCCGUGCUAGAAAGAAGUGUAGCUCUGGUAAAAUAGGUAUUUUGUUUUGAACGGUUUGAGCUGCUACAGACUAGCGGUUUUCUGCAUUGUAACGGCGCAACCACGGACACACUUCCCCUGACUUUAACAUAAACGUCCUGCCACCAAAGUAGGUCUCUCUCUCAUCAGUCAGAGAGUCAGCCAGCCAGUCAGAGAGCCAGCCAGCCAGUCAGAGAGCCAGCCGGCCAGUCAGAGAGCCAGCCGGCCAGUCAGAGAGCCAGCCGGCCAGUCAAGAGAGCCAGCCGGCCAGCCAGUCAAGAGAGCCAGCCAGUCAGCCAGUCAGAGAGCCAGCCAGUCAAGAGAGCCAGCCGGCCAGUCAAGAGAGCCAGCCGGCCAGUCAGAGAGCCAGCCAGCCAGCCAGUCGAGAGCCAACCAGCCAGAGAGCCAGCCGGCGAGCCAGCCAGUCAGAGAGACAACCAGCCAGUCAAAGACAGCCAGCCAUUCAGAGAGCCAGUCUAGUGGUUACAGGUGUCUCAUUAAUCCUAGGCUCAAGGCUGGGUCAGGGAUGGUAAAACCGAAUAUAUUUUUUACUAUCCCAAGAUAGUUCAUCUCUGUCGUUUACAGUGGAGCAAAUUUAAGAUUUUAGUUUUGGGAACAGAAACAUUUAUUGAGAUCCAAUCACAUUUUAUUUGUCACAUACACAUGUUUAGCAGAUGUUAUUGCAGGUGUAGCGAAAUGCUUGUGCUUCUAGCACCGACAGUGCAGUAAUAUCUAACAAGUAAUAUCCAACAAUUUCACAACAUAUACCAAAUACACACAAAUCUAAGUAAGGAAUGAAUUAAGAAUAUGUACAGUACCAGUCAAAAGUUUGGACACACCUACUCAUUCAAGGGUUUUUCUUUAUUUUUAAAAAUUUUACAUUGUAGAAUAAUAGUGAAGACAUCAAAACUAUGAAAUAACACAUAUGGAAUCAUGUAGUAACCAAAAAAGUGUUAAACAAAUAAAAUAUAUUUUAUAUUUGAGAUUCUUCAAAUAGCCACCCUUUGCCUUGAUGACAGCUUUGCACACUCUUGGCAUUCUCUCAACCAGCUUCAUGAGGUAGUCACCUGGAAUGCAUUUCAAUUAACAGGUGUGCCUUCUUAAAAGUUAAUUUGUGGAAUUUCUUUCCUUCUUAAUGUGUUUGAGCCAAUCAGUUGUGUUGUGACAAGGUAGGGGGGGGGUAUACAGAAGAUAGCCCUAUUUGGUAAAAGACCAAGUCCAUAUUAUGUCAAGAACAGCUCAAAUAAGCAAAGAGAAACGACAGUCCAUCAUUACUUUAAGACAUUAAGGUCAGUCAAUACGGAACAUCUCAAGAACUUUGAACGUUUCUUCAAGUGCAGUUGCAAAAACCAUCAAGCGCUAUGAUGAAACUAGCUCUCAUGAGGACCGCCACAGGAAUGGAAGACCCAGAAUUACCUCUGCUGCAGAGGAUAAGUUCAUUAGAGUUACCAGCCUCAGAAAUUGCAGCCCAAAUAAAUGCUUCACAGAGUUCAAGUCACAGACACAUCUCAACAUCAACUGUUCAGAGAGGACUGUGUGAAUCAGGCCUUCAAGGUCGAAUUGCUGCAAAGAAUCCACUACUAAAGGACACCAAUAAGAAGAAGAGACCUGCUUGGGCCAAGAAACACGAGCAAUGGACAUUAGACCGGUGGAAAUGUGUCCUUUGGUCUGGAGUCCGAAUUGGAGAUUUUUGGUUCCAACCGCUGAGUCUUUGUGAGACACGGUGUGGGUGAACGGAUGAUCUCUGCAUGUGUAGUUCCCACCGUAAAGCAUGGAGGAGGAGGUGUUAUGGUGUGGUGGUGCUUUGCUGGUGACACUGUCUGUGAUUGAUUAAGAAUUCAAGGCACACUUAACCACAGCAUUCUGCAGCGAUACGCCAUUCCAUCUGGUUUGGGCUUAGUGGGACUAUCAUUUGUUUUUCAACAGGACAAUGACCCAACACACCUCCAGGCUGUGUAAGGGCUAUUUUACCAAGAAGGAGAGUGAUGGAGUGCUGCAUCAAAUGAGCUGGCCUCCACAAUCCCCCGACCUUAACCCAAUUGAGAUGGUUUGGGAUGAGUCGGACGGCAGAGUGAGGGAAAAGCAGCCCACAAGUGCUCAGCAUAUGUGGGAACUCCUUCAAGACUGUUGGAAAAGCAUUCCAUGUGAAGCUGGUUGAGAGAAUGCCAAGAGUGUGCAAAGCUGUCAUCAAGGCAAAGGGUGGCUAUUUGAAGAAUCUCAAAUGUAAAAUAUAUUUUAUUUGUUUAACACUUUUUUGGUUACUACAUGAUUCCAUAUGUGUUAUUUCAUAGUUUGGAUGUCUUCACUAUUAGUCUACAAUGUAGAAAUAAAGAAAAACCCUUGAACGAGGAGGUGUGUCCAAACUCUUGACUGGUACUGUACAUAUAUGGACGAGCGAUGUUAGAGCGGCAUGGACUAAGAUACAGUAGAAUAUUAUAGAAUACAGUAUAUACAUAUGAGAGGAGUAAUGCAAGAUAUGUAAACAUUAUUAAAGUGACUAAGAUACCGUAGAAUAGUAUAGAAUACAGUAUAUACAUACAGUUGAAGUCGGAAGUUUACAUACACUUAGGUUGGAGUCAUUAAAACUCAACCACUCCACAAAUUUCUUGUUAACAAACUAUAGUUUUGGCAAGUCGGUUAGGACAUCUACUUUGUGCAUGACACAAGUAAUUUUUCCAACAAUUGUUUACAGACAGAUUAUGUCACAUAUAAUUCACUGUAUCACAAUUCCAGUGGGUCAGAAGUUUACAUACACGAAGUUGACUGUGCCUUUAAACAGCUUGGAAAAUUCCAGAAAAUGAUGUCAUGGCUUCAGAAGCUUCUGAUAGGCUAAUUGACAUCAUUUGAGUCAAUUGGAGGUGUACCUGUGGAUGUAUUUUAAGGAAUACCUUCAAACUCAAUGCCUCUUUGCUUGACAUCAUGGGAAAAUCAAAAGAAAUCAGCCAAUACCUCAGAAAAAAGAUUGUAGACCUCCACAAGUCUGGUUCAUCCUUGGAAGCAAAUUCCAAAUGCCUGAAGGUACCACGUUCAUCUGUAUAAACAAUAGUACGAAAGUAUAAACACCAUGGGAUCACGCAGCCGUCAUAACGCUCAGGAAGGAGACGCGUUCUGUCUCCUAGAGAUGAACGUACUUUGGUGCGAAAAGUGCAAAUCAAUCCCAGAACAACAGCAAAGGACCUUGUGAAGAUGCUGGAGGAAACCGGUACAAAAGUAUCUAUAUCCACAGUAAAACGAGUCCUAUAUCGACAUAACCUGAAAGGCCGCUCAGCAAGAAAGAAGCCACCGCUCCAAAACCGCCAGAAAAAAGCCAGACUACGGUUUGCAACUGCACAUGGGGACAAAGAUCGUACUUUUUGGAGAAAUGUCCUCUGGUCUGAUGAAACAAAAAUAGAACUGUUUGGCCAUAAUGACCAAUGUUAUGUUUGGAGGAAAAAGGGGGUGCCUUGCAAACCGAAGAACACCAUCCCAACCGUGAAGCACGGGGGUGGCAGCAUCAUGCUGUGGGGGUGCUUUGCUGCAGGAGGGACUGGUGCACUUCACAAAAUAGAUGGCAUCAUGAGGAAGGAAAAUUAUGUGGAUAUAUUGAAGCAAUAUCUCAAGACAUCAGUCAGGAAUUUAAUGCUUGGUCGCAAAUGGGUCUUCCAAAUGGACAAUGACCCCAAACAUACUUCCAAAGUUGUGGCAAAAUGGCUUAAGGACAACAAAGUCAAGGUAUUGGAGUGGCCAUCACAAAGCCCUGACCUCAAUCCUGAAAAAGCGUGUGCGAGCAAGGAGGCCUACAAACCAGACUCAGUUACACCAGCUCUGUCGGGAGGAAUGGGCCAAAAUUCCCCCAACUUAUUGUGGGAAGCUUGUGGAAGGCUACCCGAAACAUUUGACCCAUGUUAAACAAUUUAAAGGCAAUGCUACCAAAUACUGAUUGAGUGUAUGUAAACUUGUGACCCACUGGGAAUGUGAUGAAAGAAAUAAAAGCUUAAAUAAAUCAUUCUCUCUACUAUUAUUCUGACAUUUCACAUUCUUAAAAUAAAGUGGGGAUCCUAACUGACCUAAGACAGGGAAUUUCUACUAGGAUUAAAUGUCAGGAAUUGUGAAAAACUGAGUUUAAAUGUAUUUGGCUAAGGUGUAUGUAAACUUCCGACUUCAACUGUAUGAGAUGAGUAAUGCAAGAUAUGUAAACAUUAUUAAAGUGACUAGUGUUCCAUUUCUUAAAGUGGCCAGUGAUUUCAAUAGGCAACAGCAGCCUCUAAUGUGCUAGUAAAGGCUAUUUAACAGUCUGAUGGCCUUGAGGUAGAAGCUGUUUUUCAUUCUCUCAGUCCCAGCUUUGAUGCACCUGUACUGACCUCGCCUUCUGGAUGAUAGCGGGGUGAACAGGCAGUGGCUCGGGUGGUUGAUGUCCUUGAUGAUAUUUGUGGCCUUCCUGUGACGUCGGGUGCUGUAUGUGUCCUGGAGGGCGGAUAGUUUUCCCCGGGUAAUGCGUUGGGCAGACCGUUUCAAUCGAUGAGAAAAUGUGAAUGUUGGCCCAGUUUCAUCUAGUUCCAUCCUCUCCCACUACCCGCGACGGGACUUCCUCUCACUACCAUAUUUGGCGGUGAGAACUUUUUUAAAGGGAUGCUUCAGCCUUAUAGCCCCUGUGAUGUGUCUGGGUUACCGCGUCUGCUAAAUGGCAUAUUAUUAUUAUUAUUAUAUUAUUAUUAUUAUAUUAUUAUUCUGGCUGUAGUCAAAGGGCUGGCUAAAAGCCUCUGCUAAGUAGCAUACCAGGAUGUUACUGUAAAGGAUUGUUAAUAUUAUUUAAUAAUAUUAUUAUCCAUGCUAGGCCACUACUAAUUUGAUUACAGAAUAAUUGGCUAUGUUUACCAUUCUUUUACUUUGGCAAAAUGUGGAUUAUAUAGUGAUUUACUUAAUAGUUACUCUGCUGCUACGUUGGGAUUUGAAAGUUUAAGAAAGUAGCCAACUAGUAAUUGAUAGUGUCACUCGUAUUCCUUUAAUAGAUACAGGUUUUACCCAGUAAAGGGACAGGAUGGUCAAUCAAAACAGGGAAUAUUAAAUAAAUAUUGUUUUAGUGGAAACUUGUUUCAUUUAGGUGUCUAGUUCAAUCUCUGACUGCCUUCAACAACGAAAAGGCAAGUGGCAAAAUUAGAUGACUGCCACACACACUUUGGUGGUAGGGUAGAGUGAGGUGGGUAGAGUGAGGUGGGUAGAGUGAGGUGGGUAGAGUGAGGUGGGUAGAGUGAGGUGGGUAGAGUGAGGUGGGUAGAGUGAGGUGGGUAGAGGAGGUAGAGGAGGUGGGGUAGAGUGAGGUGGUAGAGUGAGGGGGUAAGGGGGGUGGGUAGAGGGAGGUGGUAGAGGGAGGUGGGUAGAGGAGGUGGGAGAGGGAGGGGGUAGAGGGAGGUGGGUAGAGGAGGUGGGUAGUGGAGGGGGGGUAGAGUGAGGUGGGUGAGAGUGAGGUGGGUUAGAGGGAGGUGGGUAGGGGGGGUGAGGUGUAGUAGAGUGAGGUGGUAGAGUGGGUGGGUUAAGUGAGGUGGGUAGAGUGAGUGUAGGUGGUAGAGUGAGGUGGGUAGGUGAGGUGGGAGUGAGGUAGGUUAGAGGAGGUGGGUUUAGAGGGGGUGGGUAGAGGAGUGGUAGAGGGAGGUGGGAGGUUAAGGGGGUGGUAGAGUGAGUGGUAGGUGAGUGGUAGAGGGAGGUGGGUGGAGGUGGGUAGGUGUAGAGGGGAGGUGGGAGAGUGAGGUGGGUAGGGAGGUGGGUAGAGUGAGGUGGGUAGAGUAGUGAGGUGGGUAGAGUGAGGUGGGUAAGUGAGGGCGGGGGUUAGCGUGAGGUGGGUAGAGGGGAAGGGGGGUAGGUAGGGGAGGUGGGUAGAGUGAGGUUGGGUAGGAGGGAGUGGGGUAGAGGAGGUUGGGUAGCGGGGAGGGGGUAGCGGGGGGUAGAGGGAGGUUGGGUAGAGGGAGGUUGGUAGGGGAGGUGGGUUAGAUGGAGGUGGGUUAGAGGGAGGCGGGGGUCGAGGGAGGUGGGUAGUUUAGCGGUGAGGUGGGUAGAGUGAGGUGGGUAGAGGGAGGUGGGUAGAGGGAGGUAAGCUGAGCAAUUGUUUACAUUCAUCAUCACUCCGUCAAGGGAAGUAUAGUAUUAUUUCUAACAAAGAUAUUUCAGGAUAUUGUGUAUCCCUGGAAAUAAUCAGAAUUCAUGUAAACAUAAACAUAACAGUCUUGAAAAUGACUUUUCCAAAAGAAAGUGUUCUCUCUCACUACUUACACAGGAUAUGGGUUAUAUAAGAUACAUGUUGAGCUGCAGGACCAGGGUAGGUUAAGCCUCCUACACAUUUCUGUACUGAAUGACAUUUUACCACUACCUUUUUGAAAAAAAAAUUCUAUCUUUACUUCGCUUUUUUUUUUGUCUUUUAGUCAUCUCUGAACACCUAACAAACACAUUUUUUUUUUUUUUUACGCUUAACAAGGCCCUGUUAUCCCAGCGAUAAUGCCUUGCAACGAUUGGCUCAACUUACCCCAAGACAAACAUGUUGACUAUAUUAGCCAACACAGCUACAAUGAUGCACUUUCAUGCUAGGUUUAGGACCUCAUAUUGACGCUUAUAGAGCCCCCAACUGAUGUACAUAACAAUAAAUAAAUAAAAUAUCUUCUUUGGUUUAGAUACAAGCAUCAUGAAAACCUCAAACACAAUAAAUUCAUUUGACUUUGGUGAAAAUCCGUUUUUAUUUUAACCUUGCUUUCUUACCACUUUUUCCAUGUGGUUUCUUCCUUCACAGACUCCGUGAAAAGUUGACCUCUUCCUAAAUAUUUGGUCAAAUGGUAAAUUUUUGUAUAUGGUUUCCCUAGAAACAAGGGUGGCUCAAGUUACCCCACUCUCCUCUACGGGAAGGCACUAGGCCCUCUGACGCACGGCCAGCAAGCAUCCGUUCCCCCUUCUACCGGUUUGGUGGCCGAGCUGCGGCCUUCGGUCCGCGGAGAGGGACCGGAAAAGUUUUUAUGUUUUAUUUUUUUAUGAACGAAGCCACUUCAACUGUGGAAGUCAUGGAAGCAUGUAUUAUUCAUCAGGGUCCUUCCUGUUCAUUACGGAGCAUUGUUACCAAAUGUUUUGCAACAGAAAACUGAGAAAGGAGCGUUUUCAUAUUGGACCGAGUCCAGCUAGUCCCGCCCAUGUUCUAGUCUGUUUUCCUAUUGGACCGAGUCCAGCUAGUCCCGCCCAUGUUCUAGUCUGUUUUCAUAUUGGACCGAGUCCAGCUAGUCCCGCCCAUGUUCUAGUCUGUUUUCCUAUUGGACCGAGUCCAGCUAGUCCCGCCCAUGUUCUAGUCUGUUUUCUUUUCCGUUUGGUGGCUGAUGAACAGAAACCGGAUCUAAUUGUGUCUGCAUGUUGCUAUGGGACGGUGUGAUUCCAGUGGGGCGUGUACCGGUCUAGUGACGUGGGGGAGACGGAGGGAGACGGAGCACAAGAGAGCAAGAUAGAGUCCUCUGAUAGAGAUAAAGUCCUCUGUAGCUCAAUUGGUAGAGCAUGGCGCUUGUAACGCCAGGGUAGUGGGUUCGAUCCCCGGGACCACCCAUACGUAAAAAUUUAUGCACACAUGACUGUAAGUCUCUUUGGAUAAAAGCGUCUGCUAAAUGGCAUAUUAUUAUUAUUAUUAUUAUUAUUAUUAUUAUUAUUAUUAUUAUAUAGAGGGGUAGAGGCAGAGAAGGACAGAGGGAGAGACAGAAAGACACGUGUGGCUGAUUUGACUGAUGAAGAAAGCCAGGAGGUAACCAGGGGCGCCGUACUACUAUGGCUGACCCUGUAAAACAACACAUUUCACUGCACCUAUCUGAUGUAUGGACGAUAACACACCAUAUACAUUUACAGCCUUCAGAAAGUCUUCACACCCCUUGACUUUGUCUAGAUUUUGUUGUGUUACAGCCUGAAUUAAAAAUUGAUUCAAUUUAGAUUUUGUGUCACUGAUCUACACAGAAUACCCCAAAAUGUCAAAGUGGAAUUAUGUUUUUAUAUAUAUUUUUUGAAAUAUAUUAAAAAUGAAAAGCUGGAAUGUCUUGAGUCAAUAAAUAUUCAACCCCUUUAUUAUGGCAAGCCUAAAUUAGUUCAGGGGUAAAAAUGUGCUUAACAAGUCACAUAAUAAGUUGCAUGGACUCUGUGUGCAUUAAUAUUGUUUAACAUUCUUUUUUUAAUGACUACCUCAUCUCUGUACCCCACACAUACAAUUAUCUGUAGGUCCCUCAGUCGAGCAGUGAAUUUCAAGCACAGAUUCAACCACAAAGACCAGGGAGGUUUUUCAAUGCUUCACAAAGAAGGGCACCUAUUGGUAGAUGGCUAAACAUUAAAAAAGCAGACAUUGAAUAUCCCUUUAAGCAUGGUGAAGUUAUUAAUUACACUUUGGAUGGUGUAUCAAUACACCUAGUCACUACAAAGAUACAAGCGUCCUUCCUAACUCAGUUGCCAGAGAGGAAGGAAAAUGCUCAGGGAUUUCACCAUGAGGCCAAUGGUGACUUUAAAAGAGUUACAACGUUUAAUGGCUGUGAUAGGAGAAAACUGAGGAUGGAUCGACAACAUUGUAGUUACUCCACAAUACAAUCCUAAGUGACAGAGUGAAAAGAAGGAAGCCUGUACAGAAUAAAAAUAUUCCAAAACAUGCAACUGCAAAAAAUGUGGCAAAGAAAUUAACUUUAUGUCCUGAACACAAAGUGUUAUGUUUGGGGCAAAUAUUUCAAUAUUUCAAUACUAAAUCAUUCGAUUUUUCCAUUGUGUUAAUGAUGGCGGAUUGAUUGAUUUCCACGAUUUUAGUAUGUUUUUUUUUCAAGUUGAGUGAUGAGAAGAGAAUCGUCCAGCCCAUUGGGUAUCUCACUACACCCCCAUGUGCCAUGUCUUAAAAUAUGCAGACAGACUGAUUUAAAAUACAUUGUACUAACUGUAAGUCGCUCUGGAUAAGAGCGUCUGCUAAAUGACUAAAAUGUAAAUGUAAUACUUCUAACAGCCAACUUUAGCCCCGCCCACAAAUUCCGGACUUUAUAGCAUUCCCAGAAAGCGUUGAUUAUUGAGUCAUUAUUCGUUUUACACUUAAGACAUGACUCUGCCGUUGUGCUGUAGAAUUUUUGUGAAUUUUGUCUCUUGUAUAAUAAUUUAUUUCUAUACAUGAGUUUAUACUGGAUUAAGCGUACAUUUUCGUUAACUGUAAUUUAGUUAUUUCGUUAGUUAUGCUCCAACUCUCCCUCCAUUUUGUGCCAACAUCAACUAUUUUUAUAAUACUUAGGAUGCGUAAUAAGUGACAACAAAUAUAUAAAGAUAACUUCAUCCCAUUACUCACCAAUAUGAAAGCAGAUCUAAUGAAAUGGAAUAAUCUUCCCAUAAAUCUUACAGGUCGAAUAAACCAUGGCUGCCAAAGCUUUGGUAUUUAUUUUCGGUAAUACCAAUUACCCCACAGAAGACAUUCUUUUAAAAGUAUACUCGAUCAUAACAGACUUUGUAUGGGCAAAUACAACUCAGAGAAUAAAAAAGGAAGAGGGUGGUUGUAACCUUCCAGUCUUGAAAUUGUAUCAACUCUCUACCCAAGACUUUUACUUGCGACAUAUAGUUAAUUAUGUUAUAUAAUUAUAUAAUUAUUAUAUUGUUAAAUGCACUAAAGAGGAACAAUGGGUACAUAUUGAAGGUGCGCAUGCUCAUCCCCAGAAUAUUUUUACGCGUCUAUUUUCAAAGGAUAAAGCUAAGAACAUGAACAACUUCAUAGUCAAGAACACUAACAAAAUGGAAGAAAAUGAAACGUAUUCUACAACAUUCCAAUAUCACUCCCUAAAAACACAACCUUAUCCUUGGAUAGCUUUUCAGAAUUCACCGAUAAAUUGGUUCACAUAGAAAACUAAAGGCAUAGAAACCGUGAAUGACUUGGUAACAGGAAAUACAUUUAUUUCCAUGUCAGAAUUAAAAAGUAGUUUUUGGACUGACCAACGUAGAGUUUCAAAUACAUGCAACUUAAAAGUUACAUCACAACAUUUCGAUUUUAUAUAUUUUGGACAUCAGAGCAACCUUGAGGGAAUUUUCUUUGAGUCAGAAAAGGAUGUUCAUAUGAUCAGGAAGACGUAUAAAACCUUGCAGAGAGCAAAUCAAACUGACAAUCUCUUUAGAAAAACAAAUAAACUAUUGGAACCAAGACUUAAAAAGGACAUUGAAUGUUCCUGAGUUACGGGUUUGUCUUAAAUCUGCUUGAAAAUCUAUGGCAAGACUUAAAAAUAGCUGUCAAGCAAAGAUCAACGACCAACUUGACAGAGCUUGAAUAAUUUUUUUAAAGAAUAAUGUGCAAAUAUUGUGCAAUCCAGGAAUGCAAAGCUGCCAAAGGUGAUUCUAACGUGUAUUGACGCAGGGGGGUGAAUACUCAUGUCAAUGUGUGCGUGUGAGCCCUUGUGUUUUAUUAGAUUCUGCAUUUCAUUACGAGGUAACUUCCAAAUGACAUCCUCCACAAUGUACGCAUACAGUGGCUUGCGAAAGUAUUCACCCCCCUUGGCAUUUUUCCUAUUUUGUUGCCUUACAACCUGGAAUUAAAAUAGAUUUUUUUGGGGUUUGUAUCAUUUGAUUUACACAAUAUGCCUACCACUUUGAAGAUGCAAAAUAUUUUUUAUUGUGAAACAAACAAGAAAUAAGACAAAUAAUUUUUGUAGAGCCACCUUUUGCAGCAAUUACAGGUGCAAGUCUCUUGGGGUAUGUCUCUCUAUAAGCUUGGCACAUCUAGCCACUGGGAUUUUUGCCCAUUCUUCAAGGCAAAACUGCUCCAGCUCCUUCAAGUUGGAUGGGUUCCGCUGGUGUACAGCAAUCUUUAAGUCAUACCACAGAUUCUCAAUUGGAUUGAGGUCUGGGCUUUGACUAGGCCAUUCCAAGAGAUUUAAAUGUUUCCCCUUAAACCACUCGAGUGUUGCUUUAGUAGUAUGCUUAAGGUCAUUGUCCUGCUGGAAGGUGAACCUCCGUCCCAGUCUCAAAUCUCUGGAAGACUGAAACAGGUUUCCCUCAAGAAUUUCCCUGUAUUUAGCGGCAUCCAUCAUUCCUUAAAUUCUGACCAGUCCCUUCUUCCAUAUGUUUGGGGAGUCUCCCACAUGCCUUUUGGCGAACACCAAACGUGUUUGCUUAUUUUUUUCUUUAAGCAAUGGCUUUUUUCUGGCCACUCUUCAGUAAAGCCCAGCUCUGUGGGGUGUACGGCUUAAAGUGGUCCUAUGGACAGAUACUCCAAUCUCCGCUGUGGAGCUUUGCAGCUCCUUCAGGGUUAUCUUUGGUCUCUUUGUUGCCUCUGAUUAAUGCCAUCCUUGCCUGGUCUGUGAGUUUUGGUGGACGGCCCUCUCUUGGUAGGUUUGUUGUGGUGCCAUAUUCUUUCCAUUUUUUAAUAAUGGAUUUAAUGGUGCUCCGUGGGAUGUUUUAAGUUUCUGAUAUUUUUUUAUAACCCAACCCUGAUCUGUACUUCUCCACAACUUUGUCCCUGACCUGUUUGGAGAGCUCCUUGGUCUUCAUGGUGCAGUUUGCUUGGUGGUGCCCCUUGCUUAGUGGUGUUGCAGACUCUGGGGCCUUUCAGAACAGGUGUAUAUAUACUGAGAUCAUGUGACAGAUCAUGUGACACUUAGAUUGCACACAGGUGGACUUUAUUUAAUAAUAAUAAUAAUAUGCCAUUUAGCAGACGCUUUUAUCCAAAGCGACUUAGUCGUGCGUGCAUACAUUUUUUUUUUUUGUGUAUGGGUGGUCCCGGGGAUCGAACCCACUACCUUGGCGUUACAAGCGCCGUGCUCUACCAGCUGAGCUACAGAGGACCACUAUUUAACUAAUUAUGUGACUUCUGAAGGUAAUUGGUUGCACCAGAUCUUAUUUAGGGUCUUCAUAGCAAAGGGGGUGAAUACAAAUGCAUGCACCACUUUUCUGUUAUUUAUUUUGUAUAAUUUUUUUGAAACAAGUUAUUUUCACUUCACCAAUUUAGACUAUUUUGUGUAUGUCCAUUACAUGAAAUCCAAAUAAAAAUCAAUUUAAAUUACAGGUUGCAAUGCAACAAAAUAGGAAAAACGCCAAGGGGGAUGAAUACUUUUGCAAGGCACUGUACAUCAUCUGAUUUCCUGUGUGUGUGUGCGGUCGGUGGGUGCGGUCGGUGUGUGUGCGGUCGGUGUGUGCGUCCUUGUGUUUUGUUUUGAAUUUCAUUCACUUCCACAAGUCUUCCAAAUGACAUCAUCCAGGAGAGAAUAAAUUAUAUAUACACACUGAGUGUACAAAACAUUAAGAACACCUUCCUAAUAUUGAGUAUUGACCCACCCCCCUUGCCCUCAGAACAGCCUUCAUCGGGGCAUGGACUCUACAAGGUGUCGAAUGUGUUCCACAAGGAUGCUGGCCCAUGUUGACUCCAAUGUUUCCCACAGUUGGCUGGAUGUGGGGGACCAUUCUUGAUACACAUGGGUGUGUGUGGAGCAUCAGUGUGUGUGGAGCAUCAGUGUGUGUGGAGCAUCAGUGUGUGUGGAGCAUCAGUGUGUGUGGAGCAUCAGUGUGUGUGGAGCAUCAGUGUGUGGAGCAUCAGUGUGUGUGUGUUCUUGUCGGUUUCAUUGUGUAACUUUAGGAGCGUUUGAUAUAACUUUCCCGGUACAGUGGAACCAAUUGUCCUAAAAGUGCAAACUCUGCCCAUCCUGCACGCUAAUGAUUGAUUGAUUGGUUCAACCAGGCCAAGCCUAGCCGGCUGCACUGUGCUGGGUGUGAUGAGACGUACAGCCUGCCUCAGAACGGAGCCAUCAAGCUUUACAAGGAGCUGCGCUGCCCGCUGGAUGAGUUUGAGCUGGUGCUGUGGACCUCUGGAUCCAGGGGAAAGAGCUACCCCCUUUGUCCCUACUGCUUCAGCAACCCCCCCUUCAGGGACAUGAAGAAAGGUGAGGGCGAGUGUGUGGGUGGUGGGUAUGUGGGGGUGGUAAGUGUGGGUGGUAGGUAUGUGGGUGGUAUGUGGGGGUGGGAAUGGUGUGAGGGUGUGUGUUGGUGGUGAGUAUGUAGGUGUGGGUGGUGAGUGAUAGUUUUGAUGGUCAUGAUCAGGGUUUGGGGGCAAUUCCGUUUCAAUUCAGGAAGUAAACUUUUCCUCAUUGUUUUUCUCCCUCGCCAUCUCUCCCCCUCGCCCCCUCCCUCCCUCUCCAUCUCUCUCCCCCUCCCUCCCUCUCUCCAUCUCCCUCCCUCUCUCCAUCCCCCACCCUUCUCUCUCAGGUAUGGGAUGUAAUGAGUGCACCCACCCGUCCUGCCAGCACAGUCUCAACUCCCUGGGUAUUGGUCAGUGUGUGGAGUGUGAGGGCGGGGUGCUGGUUUUGGACCCUACCUCCGGCCCCAAGUGGAAGAUGUCCUGCAACAGGUGCAACGUGAUGGUCCACUUCUUUGAGCACGCACACAGAGUGCAGGUAGGGGGAAACGGGACUUUAUAGUUAUUUUCAUUGAUACGCUGCUGCUACUCUGUUAAUUAUUUAUGCAUAGUCACUUUAACUCUACCCACAUGUACAUAUUACUUCAACUACCUCAACUAGCCGGUGCCCCCGCACAUUGACUCUGUACCGGUACCCCCCUGUAUAUAUAGCCUCCCUACUGUUAUUUUAUUUUACUUCUGCUCUUUUUUUCUCCACACUUUUUUGUUGUUGUUUUAUUUUACUUUUUUAUAAAAAAAAGUAAUUCACUGUUGGUUAAGGGCUGUAAGUAAGCAUUUCACUGUAAUGUCUGCACCUGUUGUAUUCGGCUCAUGUGGCCAAUAAAGUUUGAUAUGAUUAAAUUUUUUCACACUGCUUGUUAUUCUAUUUCUAUUCUAUUUGAACAGUUCUCUCGCUUAUCUUUCUCACUCUUUCUUCCCUCUUGCUGUGUUCACUCCCUUCCUCCCCCCGUCUUCCCAUCUUCCCGUCUCCAGGUAGCCCAGGAGAGCUGUGAGGCGUGCGAAGCGUCCCUGGUAGCGGUGGACUUCAACAAGACGCGCUCCCCGCUCCCUGACGGAGAGACUCAGCACAGCGGCUGUGUGUUCUGCGACCCAGUCUUCCAGGACCUGGUGGAACUCAAACACGCCACCAUGAGACACCCUUCCAUGACCCGUGGCGGGGGUGCACGGCGAGGGGGGCGGGGCAGGGGCAGGGGGCGCAGAGAAAAGAAACCCAAAGAUAAGAUGGCUGCCUUGGCAGCGUACUUCGUG